AAAGAGAAGAAAGAAUAAGAAAGAAGCAGGUUCGCAAUCUUACCUCAGCGCCGAUAAUAAAACGGAAGCGCGGCAAGAAGCGAUAGAGGCACAAGAUGGAGGAAGAGGGAUGAUCGAAGCAUCGAGGGCGGAAAGGGAGGCAUAGGGACGAGGAAAUAUAGAACGAGCAGUGCUAAGCGGAAUCGCGCGAGUGGUAAUCCCGAAGCCGAAAGCUCGAGCAACGCCAAAGUUAAAUAUAAAUGUCGCGGUAACCCGUUCCUGGACCGAUGAACUAGAGAGCGAACCAGUCUCUUCGUGGUCUUCGUCGUGGACCGAACUACCGAAAAUAUCGAACUCGAUCGAUCCAUCGAUUCCGCGCCAUAAUUUCAUCAGGCCACGAUCACCCUCCAUCAUCGAGGCUCAUUUCGCGUGUUUUAAGUUGGGAAACGUGUGGAACGCGUGGUUCGAUGAAAAUUCAGGGAAUCGAGGCUUGAACGAAAAACCGAUCGAAUCGAUCGCUACGAAAUUGUCACGAUUAACGUGUGCUCUCUAUCUGCUUUGGACUACUUACAACGGGAUUUCAUCGAUCGACCGUGUCUGCGGCUCGACGUCUUUUCGCGAUGCUAGGUGAUCGAAGUGCACCGCGAGAAACAUCGAAAUAGCCAGAGAUGUCGCAGCCGCCGUCGAAACCCCAUGGAAAAGCCGGGCCAGGGGGUGGUUGGUCAGCCAGGCCGAACGUAUCUGGCCAGUACAGACCACCAUCUCCUUUCAGCCCAACGGGUUCACCCCAUCCUCAACGAGUUCAUCAUGCUCAUCCUACGUCACCGUUGACGUAUACCGGAACGAGGCACCCGAUGAGCCCUGUCCCGAUUGGAAUGCCAAUCUCACCCGGAAUAUCACCCGUUUUUGGAUCACCUACCGGAUACAUACAGUGCCCUAGACCUAGAUGGCCGUCACCGAUUCCAGUGGCCACUCAAGCGCCUAGACCUUUCAUACCCACACAGAGUUCAGCAGAAAGUGGCGCUACAUCGCCGUUAGCCAGUGGACCACCGGAAUACAUGAUUGGAACAUACAAAUCUGGAGACUACGAGUACGUUGGGAUACCACUGGAUCAUUCGCAAACGGAAGAGGAAUCCAGCGGACCCAGUACCGCGGAAAUAAUAGCCAACCAGAGUCAGGAUUACGUGGACGAGAAACUUGCCGAGUAUCAGGCAACGAUACAGCAGCUUCAAAACGAACAAGAACGCGUUCAAAAGAAGACCUUCGUCAACUGGAUCAAUUCUUAUCUUUCCAAGAGAAGUCCACCGCUUCGAGUGGAUGAUUUAAUCGAGGAUCUCAAGGAUGGCACCCGCCUACUCGCAUUGCUUGAAGUUCUAUCCGGUGAGAAGUUGCCGGUGGAAAGGGGUCGUAACUUGAAAAGACCUCAUUUUCUUAGCAACGCGAACACUGCGCUUCAAUUCUUACAAAGCAAAAAAAUCAAGCUAGUGAACAUAAAUUCGUCCGAUUUAGUAGAUGGACGACCGCCCGUAGUGUUAGGCUUGAUAUGGACUAUCAUCUUAUACUUCCAGAUCGAGGAGAAUACCAGAGCAUUGGAAUAUCUUGGACAAACGUGGGGUAGUCAGAGCAGCUUGGAGAGCCUGAGUACCCAGGGGUCGGCGACCAGCGAGAGAAAACGCAUCAGUAGCGAGAAAUGGAAGCAGGGAGCGAGAAAGACUCUGCUUCAAUGGGUCACCAAUGCUCUGCCAAAGGACAUAAAAGUACGAGACUUCGGUGAAAGCUGGCGCGAUGGCAACGCCUUCCUGGCCAUCAUCGACGCGAUCAAAGCGAAUUUGGUGAACAUCGCCGCCAUGAGAGAAGCAACGAACAGAACACGUCUAGCGACCGCGUUCCACGUGGCCGAAUCCGAAUUGGGUAUCGCCAAACUCCUCGAUCCCGAGGAUGUCGACGUUCCUCAGCCGGACGAGAAAUCGAUAAUGACUUACGUUGCCCAAUUUUUGCACAAAUAUCCGGAACCAGGAUCCGCAGCUUCCGAUUCGUUCGCGGCUGUGCAACAAGAGUACGAUGGUCUGCUCGCUUGGCUUUACGAACGACUCAAAUACUUGGAACAGAUGGGCACUUCCCCGUUGGGUUAUGAUGAAUACGCCGCGGUAAAAGCGGAAGUCGAGCAACAGAGAAUUGUGUAUAAUAAGCUGCAACGUCUUGUCGAAACUCCUAGCAUGAUCAGCAUCACUCGAGAUUCUUGGAGACACGUGCAGAAUCUAUGGAAGACCUUGGAAAUGCUUAUGUUACGCUGGCUUUGGGUCUUAGAUUCCUACUUACCAGGCGAAUUAAGCGUUGUAGGCAGAUGGUUGUGUCGUGCAGAAGAUCUUCUAUUAUCCGACAACAACAUCCCAGAAGAAAUGACAGAAGAAACAGCCAACAUAAUAUCGAAUAAGCUCGAAGAACACAAGAAGUUCUUCCUCGAUCUUCCGUCCAUGACGGAGCGAUUCCAAGCGGCGAGAGGUUCCGAGGCUGCAUUGAAAGUGCAUCCUCAACAACUGAACGAGAUGGCAGCUCGAUUGGACAGCUUGCCGGAUCGUGCCGCCAAACGUAGAAUCCGACUCAAGUUUCUGGAGCACAAAUGUUGCCUUAUUGCUUUCUUGUUCCUAGUCGAGACGAAGUUGAAGGGAUGGAGCGUGAAAUAUGGCACGGAAGAGAGUGUACAUCAGAUGUUGGAGCAGUAUAGAAACUUCGUGUCUCGAAAUAGAAUUUUCCAGGAAUUCCAGAAAGCGUAUUUGGACAUGCAACAAAUCGUCGAGGAUUAUAAACGCGAAGGCAAUGUUGACCAAGAAGAAAGCGCGAAUAUUGACCGUUUCAUGAGAGAGACCAGCGACAAAUGGAAGAGCGUAUCCAUGGAUCUUCGUUGCGUGCAAAGCAUGCUCGAGGAAGUAGUAGCCUAUUGGCGUCGAUGGAACGUCAUCUCCGACGAGUUCGUAACUUGGUUGAAUCGCGCUGAACCUGCCUUGCACCUUCCCGAAGAAGAUAAAAUGGAAUUCUUCCAAGACAUAAGCGUAUGGAAGGAUAAACACCAACAACUAUCCGACACAGUGACAUUUUUAAUUGCCACAUCUGACGAAUCAGUCGCCUUGCAACUGAAACAACGUUAUUCGAAUCUCACGUCCAGAUGGGAAUCUCUGUUCCAAGAAGCGAAGCAAUAUAUGCACGCUGGAGACGUUAUAAGAAAUAGAAAAGAUUAUAGAGCAGGAGUGGAGACAUUGCAGAAAUGGCUGAGAAACGUCGAAACAGCUUUGUCAGCCACUGAUCUAACCACAACUGAAAAAAUUAAAGCUUAUGGUGAGAAGUUACAAAUCUUCCACAACGAGGUAGAAGGGAUCGAAGAUCUGUUCAAGAGUAUCAGCAAGAAGUUUCAAACGCUUAUUCAAGAUUUGUCUCGUGACGAAGUGGAUAAGAUGAUGAAUACUUUGAAGAAAGAGAAAGAAGCUCUGGUCAAAGUACGAGCUUUGAUACCGAUGCAAUUGCAUUUGUAUCAUCAACUUUUGGUCCAGCAAGAGUCUCUAGAAGCUGGUCAGAAGGAAAUAGCUGCCUGGUUGGACGAAGCAGAGAGAAUGUUGACCAAUAUCGAUCUGUCACGUGGUAGGGAACAUAUUCUGGCACAGUUAGAUCGUCACAAAGCUUUCUUUUCGAGAACUUUGUAUUACAAAUCUAUGCUAGAGUCUAAGAACAAAGUAUUCACUAGUAUAGUAAAGUCUGUGGACAGUCACGCUGACGUAGCCACCGCAGAAGGUGGAAGAACAUUGAGAGAAUUGAAUGAACGAUUCAACAGAGUUUCCCAAGCGGCUCAAGCCUUGGAACAACGACUUCAGGAAGCUGUCAGAUGCUGGACCAAAUUCAAAGAGUGCGAGAGACAAGUCUGCGAAUGGCUAUCAGUCGCAGAAACCAUGAUGAAUGAUAAACAUACCGAUAAUAGACGAUCUAUAGAAUAUCAUAAGAAUUUCUUCAGCAAUGUUAACGAGAAAUGGAUUCAAGACUUCGUAAACGCUGGACAGGAUUUGAAAAGUAUUUUGCCUGUCGAACAGCAAGCUCCUAUUUCAGAAGCUGUAGAAUCGCUUCAGAAACGUUGGAAGGAGGUAUUAACUUUCGCUCCUCUUCAUUUGAUGAGACUUGAGUUCCGUCUGGAUGAAGCUACGUUCUUACAAUAUCUGAAAGAGAUUGAAGUAGAAGUGAAUUCAGAGCAGCAGGCUCUAAUGAAGAACGACAAUGUGGAGAACAUACUGCAAAGGAACAAGGAAUUUUUCGUGAAUCGUGGCACUGUACUCGAGGUGGAGAAGUGCCUGCAGACUCUGAAGAAGAUCAGUGAUGCAUAUAGUCAAUUGAAACCUAACGAUACCAGCUUGGCUGAAGCCGCACAACACGCUGAAAAUCUGUGGGAGGAUUCUGCUCAGAGAGUGGAACGUUUGAGGGAACAACUGAAGCAAGUGCCUGAGCAAUGGGCUGCUUAUAAGAAGAAAUUCGACGAAAUGGUACGAUGGAUGGACCAUGUGGACAGUAAUUUGAGAACCAUAUUGCACGAGGUGAACACUUUAGAGGAAUUCGAGACAGAGAAAACGAUAUUCCAGAAAAUAUGCAGAGAAGCAGACAGCAAGCGCGAAGAAAUGAAAUGGUUGGUCCAAACUCUCGACAGCCUGACUUCCAAUCGUUCUGAUCAUGAAGCUCUUUCAGAGCAAAAUCGUUUAGAACAGUUGAUCACUCGUUACAAGAAUCUGAUACCAACAAUAGAGAUUACCAUGACGAAAACUGAUAUUUAUUCAAAGAGUUACACUUAUAGAAAGGAAGUUCGUGAAGUGUGCACUCUUUUGCACAAAGUCAAAGAUCAAUCUAAGAUAGAUGUAGUAGCAGAAAGUCCAGAAACUUUGAAGACCGCAGUCACUCAUCAAGAGAGCCGUCUUAGUCAGCUAGAACAACAGAGAUCAAAUAUCGUGAGCAUGCUACAACGUGGUAAGGAUCUUUUGAAAGAUCAACACGCUCCUCCAUUCGUGUCCUUGGAGGUACAGCAAUUAGAAUCCAGCUGGAAUGACACGUAUGGACAAAGCGUAGAGACCUUGAAGUCUUUGAAGAGUUCGCAAAAGUUGUGGAACACUUAUCUGCAGCAAAAAGAGGAGAUUUUGAAAUUGAUCGAACAAGCUGAAGAAGAAUUAAGAAAAAUCGAAUCGACUACUUAUUACGAUGCUUCACAAGUAUCAUCCGAUCUGCAGAGCAAACAAGAUUUCAGUUCCACUUUGAGAAAAUCUGCCGAGGAGUUGCUGAAAAAGUUGCAAGAGACGUAUAGCCAUUUGACAGAGGUCGCAGCACCGGAAAAGAAAGAAGUGUUGAAAAAAGAGAUCAUUCAUACCGAGAAGAGAAUGGAGACCACUUUGAAAACUGUCCAAGAGAAAGUGGUUUAUCUACAGGAGCACAGUACCAGAUGGAAUAAAUUCCAAACAAAAUUGAACGAAUUGCAAUUGUGGACUCAACAGAGUGCUCCGCAAUCAAUUGCAGAUACUGAGAAUUUGGCAACAACUCCUGAAGAGAUGGUCUACAGAACUGAGAGUUUACAGAAGGAAAUUAUAGAAAGAACUAGAACAUUGAAAUUCCUCGAAGAGGAAUCUCAAAAACUCGUAAAAGGUGGUGUUGAUAGUCUUCCAGCGAAGCAGUUGCGCAGUGAUAUCAUAACACUCGAAAGAAGCAUCGAAACCCUUCAAAAGAGCAUCGUAGCUCAACGUCAAACAGCUGAACAAAAUUUACAAACCUGGAAGGAGUACGAGAAAGGUAUUCAAGAGAUAAAACCUUGGAUCGAAGAAGCAGAAUCAAAAGCAGCUACUAUAGGCAGCAAACCAACCACUCUAGCUCAGGCAGCUCACAUGUUGGAAACAGCCAGAGCAUUUGAAAUACGAUGCCAACAACAUUUUCCUCAGAUUCAAGAUCUAUCUUUGAUCAGUCAACGAAUAACAGGAAAGACAUCAGCUUCCGACGAAGUGGAUGCCGUUCAUACUCGUUGGAACGCUGUGCACGACAUAGCAGUUCAAACGACCACGAAAUUGGACAAGUUGGUUACUUCGUGGAACAGCUUCGAAUCUGAGAUAAAAGAAUUCAACGAAUGGUUGGAAAGAUCCGAGAGAACGGUACUCAUGGAACCAAAUGCCGAGACACCCGAAAUAUCAGUGCUAGAAAAGGAACUGGCACGGUUGAAGGAUUUCAACAAGACUAUAUCUGAUCAUCAGGCGCAAUUGAUAUCGCUAACUCAGGUUUCUGAUCACAUCAGCCACGGAUUAUCCUUGGAAGGAGCGACUAAUUUGAAGGCUCGAGUCUCGGACAUUAAAGCCAGAGUCAGCAAGCUGGCCGACACGGUUAGAUUGCAGAUCAACCGUGUGUCCGACUCGUUGUUAGCUCGCCAAGAAUUUCAAAUGAAAAUCACCGAUUUCGAGAACUGGAUGUCGCGAUUGAGAUCCAAUAUCGCUGAGAUCAGCGAUGCUACUGUCGAUACGGUUGACACGAAUCUUCAAGCCGUGCACGCAUAUAUCCAAGAACAUUCUGAAAAGCAGCCAAGCUUGGAAGCUAUCUGUCAAGAGGUGAAGGAUAUAUGUCCCAAAGGAUCUAUGCAGGCGACGGUUGCCUUGGUUGAUACUUAUACCAAUCUGGAGAAAAAGUACAAGGCUCUGGGAGAUGAUUUGCAACAGAAAAAGAAAGGAUUAGAGAAGUGGAUAGAGCUAUUGAGUUGGUUGAACGAUGCCAAUGCUCAAUUGAGCCAUUGUAAGUACGAAGCUGAAGCUAGAAAGCCUACCAUCGCUGAUUUGGAGAGAUUUUCGUCCGAAUUACGGAUUAUUUAUGACAAGAUUGAAACGUGGAAACAACAUGUUUUGCCUGACAGCGCUAUUGGAAUACAAAUUAGGGACAAACAGGGAAAACCUCUUUCUGCGUCAGGUUUGUUGAUCGACUUGGAGAAUAAAGCAUUGUCUCUGCAAAAUGAAAUAUCAGCGAAACGCGAUAGACUGGAAAAUCUUGGUGCCAGAUGGAACAACUUCAGAACAUUGCAGCAAACUAUCACUGAGAAGAUAUUGAAUACGCAAACUGCUCUUCAAGAAACGGUUUAUAAUGUUGAUUCAUGCAAACAAUUAGCUCCUGCUGUGGAAAAGAUCGAUCAAUUAAUCGAAGAACAUCAGAAGAGGGAACAAGAGAAAGAGAUCCUCCACUUUGAAGGUACUUCCUUGAUGAAAGAGGAUCAAAGAUCGACGACUAAUAUUCAAGUAGUUCUAUCCUCUGUCGAUGCUAAUUGGGAGAAGGUGAACGAGCUUCUUCGAGAACAGAGGAAGAAAUAUGCUGAUAUGAAUACAGACUGGAAAGAUUACGAAGAAGCCAGACAAAAGGUGGAGAAAUCUAUCAAAGAUGCAAUUAAUUUGUGUCAAUCGGUGAAAGGAAUAUCUUAUGAUAUCACUCAAGCGAAUAUUACUUUAGAAAAGCAUAAGAAAGCUUUGGAUGCGCUGAAGAAAGGCAGACAUUUCUUGGAUAAAAUGGAUUCGAAAGCACAGCAAUUGACGAAAGAAGCAUCCCUCAUGCCUAGAUUCAAUUCUGAAUUAAUCGAAAAUGAUUUGACAGAAGUUCGACAACGAUACCAAGAUACUUACAACGAUAUCAGUGAGAAAUUGCAAGCCUAUGAGACUCAGGUGAUCAUUUGGAAACAGAUAGAAGAAUCGAAGUCUGAACUCAUCAAAUGGCUCACUAAUACAAACGAAGCGUUGACCACUGCAUUCGAACGUUUAAUGGAUGCUGAGAACUGUCAAGUAAGAUUGAUAAGAUACAGAGAGGAGUUGCCUGGUUAUCAGCAAGUGUAUCAAAAUAUCGUGACGAAAAUAGAACAACUUGUAAAAUUGAACAACAAUUCUGACAUCCCUACUCUGAAUUCCUUGCAUCAGUUAUUAGACGACCAAUUCAAUGUGGUUAAAACUUCAGCGGAAAAAUUAGAAUCUUUAACAUCUACUUUGAACGAGAGAGAAAGGACAAUUAGACAGGAAAUGAAGCGAUGUGGUGAUUUGAUCUCGAAGAUCAGAGAAGAUAUAAUCAAGUGUGACGAUUUGACUGGUGAGAACACUAAGAUUCUUGGUCGUAUCAACAAAUGUCAGGAGCUGAAAACAGAAUUAGAGCAAUGUGACUAUACUUUGUCCAAAGUUGAAGAAACAUUGACGAAGAUUUCUACAGAGUAUCCUAGUAUCUCCAGAUCGAGUUUGCCAAAGGAAUUGCAAGCGCUUCAGCUUCGAAGAGACGGCGUGGCCAAUCAUGCUAACAAAGUGAUAGCAACACUGGUAGCAUUCUUGACUAAAUUAUAUCACGAAAAAUUUGGAGCUCUUCAACGUAUGGUUGUAACGCUCAAAGAGAAAGUAGCUUGGUGUGAACCUGAGCAAAGCAGUGAUCGUUACAACUUGGAGGUAAAAAUGGCUUCGUUGAUGGACGUAGAAAUUGGAAUCGCCGAUUGCAUAGCUAGAAAAGAGGACACUGACAACUCCUUAAAGCUUCUAGCAUCCGUAGAAAGUGCCGAAACUAUGGCCGCCUUGAAGUCAGAUCGUGACAAAGUUGAAGUCGACUUGGAAUCAUUGAAGAGCAGUUAUAAUAAAAUUAAGAAUGAUCUCGAACGAAAUAUCGCUCUGUGGCAACGUUAUGAGCUCACUUCCGAGAAUGUGCUGUCCUGGCUGAAAGAGAAUGAGAAUAAAAUCAGAGCAGAGGCUUCCGCGUUGCUCAAUUUGGAUGACAUCGAGCAGAAAAUCGCAGAGAUGACCGAAAUGCAGAAAAGUGUGAUGGAAUAUCAAAGCGAACUGAAAGAUUUGACUGUUUUGGCCGAAGAUAUCACCAGGGUUAGCUCCGAAUCAAGAGUAAAUCAAUACAUCAGUCACUUGAACACGCGUUACGAUUACGUGUUAAAGUUUUUGGCCCAACAUUUGGACAGACUUCGAGAAUUGAAGGAGAACAGAGAUCAAUAUGUGGCUAACAAGAAGAAACUCGAAGCUUGGAUCGAGAAUGCAGAGAAAACAUUGAAAGCCUACGAUGAAAUCACUGGUCCAAAACCUAUAACUUUCUACCAAUCACGUUUGAAAGAAUUGAAAGCAUUUGCCGAGGAACGAGAAGUUGGACAAGCUAUAUUGAACAAGACAGCGGAAGCUGGCGAAGCUUUGUUUGCUAGAAUUACACCAGAUCAGAGAGAAAUGAUAAGGACGGAAUUGAGAAACUUCCGUAAUCGUGUGGAUGCAAUGGCGGAUCGUUCUAACGUGAUUUAUAAAAAAAUAGAGAGCGAUAUGAUGCACAGAUCUUCCUUCGAAGACAAAUUCUCUCAAGUGAAACAGUGGUUAGCAGAUGCUCAAAAUAAAUUAGGAGAAAAGCAAGAUUUACUGCCAACGUUACAAGAAAAGAAGCUAGCUCUUCAUUUGUACAGAGCCGUGGCACAGGACGUUACUGUUCACAAGAAUAUUCUUCAACAACUUCAAGAUAGAUUAAGUACAGCACCAGACGAUGAUGCGAGUGAAAUGUUAGGCAACGUGAUCGAGGCUUAUGAAAAACUGUCCAACGAAGUCGAAGGGCGAAUUAAUAUAGCGGAGAAACACGUUUCGAAUCACGAGGCUUAUCUUCAAACGUUUGAGAAGACUCGAGAUUGGAUCAACACGGUGAUCAACGAAGGAACGCCGAUAGUCGAGGAUUUUUCAGUGGAACGAGAAACAGCGCAAAGUAAAAUCACCACCAUCGAGAAUCUUUUGCAACAGAAAGCGGAAGGGGACCGAAUCUUGGCUGAUUGUAACCAGCAAUUGAAUAUUGUCUUGGAACAAACCUUUAUGCCAGGUCAUCCAGCUUUGUUGUCCAAUUUUGAGCAACAAAAGAAAAUGUGGGAAGAUUUCUUGAAGCGAUGCGUGGCAGCUAGAGACAAAUUGAAACAUAUGUUCAAUCAAUGGUCCGAGUUUGAGAAGAUCGUAGAAGGUUUGGAGGCCUGGAUCAAGCAGAUGGAGACCCAGUUGAAGGAUCAAAGUUUGAAGAGUACGGAAGAAGCAAAGAGAGCUCAUUUGCAGAAGUUGAAGUCCUUGGAAGAAAGUAUCAUCGCGAAAGGAGCUGAAUUUAAUGCCGCCAUUGAGAAGAGCCAGAGCAUCGAAGCUGAGGCAGACCUAGUCACAAGAGUCUCGAGACAAACCACUAAAUAUCAAGCUAUUAAAAAUCAAAUAAAGGAAGCUGUAAUGCGAUACGAACAAUUUGUGAAAGAGCACAACACUUUCAACGUGAAAUAUAAUCAAUUAUUGCAAUGGAUCACGGAUAUUAAAUCGGAAUUGAAGAAACACAGUGAGAUCGUGGGUGAUUUAUCCGUAUUGCAGAGCAGACAGAAGCUCAUUCGAGAUUUGGGCGAUACUAGAACGAAGGAGAACGCUAGAUUCGAAUCUGUCAUAGAUCUUGGAGAGAAAUUAUACGUUCAUACGUCGCCUGACGGUAGAGAAAUCAUCAGACAACAAUUGAGAAAUUUGAGAACCUUGUGGGAUGGAUUCACCGAAGAUCUACAGAACACUAUGCAAAAAUUAGACCAAUGUCUGAUGCAAUUCGCCGAAUUCUCUUUAUCUCACGAGCAAUUGACAGCUUGGCUUCGAGACGUGGAACGCGCGAUGCAUCAACACACAGAAUUGAAAUGUACUUUGGAGGAGAAACGAGCACAGUUGCAGAAUCACAAAAUUAUGCACCAAGAAAUCAUGUCUCAUCAAUCUUUGGUAGAGUCUGUUUGCGACAAGGCGCAACAGUUGGUAGAUCAGACCAAGGAUACUUCUUUGAACGUCUUUCUACCAUCUAUUAAGCAAUUAUUCCACAACAUUGUGGCAAAAUCAAAGGAUUUGUUAGAAAACUUGGAUGAUUGCGUAGAGAAACAUCAUAGAUUUAAUUUACAAGUGAAAAGCUUUUCUGAUUGGUUGAAUGGCGAGAAAGAUAAGCUUGCUGAAUGCAACGAUAUGACUGGAGAAAGAACGGAUAUUUGCAGAAGACUUGCCACUUUGGCCAUAUUGAAGGAUGAUCAGAUGCAGGGUGCUGAGCAGCUUGGAAAAUUAAAGGAACUUAGCGACACGGUUAUUAAGAGAACCGCGCCGAAAGGAUGGGAUGCUAUUAAUAAGGAGAUCACUAUUUUGGAAGGCAAUCUUCGUCAAUAUCUAAGUGAAAUAGAAUCAGUGGAAGAUAAGCAAAAAACAGCAUUGCAGAAAUGGCAAGACUUCGAAGAUAAAUUGGAAACGCACACAAAAUGGUUCUCAACGAUGGAAGCUGCAUUCAGAGACCAACAGUUGCAGCCUACUUUGCAAGACAAGGAAGCUCGUUUGCAAGCAUUGAAAGAGAAACGUGAUGCCAUAUUAAAGGAAGAAUCGAAGAUAGACGAGUUCAUUGAUAAGUCUCAUAGUUUGCUUCAUGCAAGUGGGGUUGAGCGUAUCAAGCCUUUGAUCUCCCAAAUAAGCAAUAGAUAUCAGUUAUUGCACGUGCUUAGUAAAGAAGUAGUGACUAGAUGUCAAAGUGUUGUGGACGAUCAUAGAACGUAUGAAGAGAAACUAAAGGUCGUAGAUGCUUGGCUGACUCAAUUAGAACAGAGUUUAGCCAAUUUGAAGAAAGACGAGACAGGUGGAAAUCUGGAAGAGAAAGUAUCUCGUCUGCAGAUAUUGUUGGCUGAAAAGGAACAAGGUGAACACAGAUUAGGAAGUUUGAUAUCAUUUGGAGAAAGGAUUCUUGCUGAUACAUCGGCUCAAGGAAGAGAAAUUAUUCGCCAUGAGUUGAGACAAGCUCGAGAACGAUGGGAUAAACUUGUGGAAGGCAUAGCCGAGCAACAGAAGAAGCAAGAUGCUCAAUCUUUGCAAUGGACCAAUUAUCAAGAGACUCUGCAACAAAUUUUGACCUGGUUGGAUACUAUGGAAAGAUCAGUGAAACAGGACUCGACGAUCACUUGGUCUUCUCUUCAAGAAAUUAAAUCCAAAUUACUGAAAAGCAAGGGAAUGCAUCAAGAAAUUUUGGCUUAUAAACGUAUCAUUGAAGGCGUUUCAGAAAAAGCAAAUGCACUAUCGUACACAUCUCAAGCACCAUCAGACGCUCAACAAAAAGCUGCUUCGGUUUCUGGAAGAUACGAGGAUUUGGUCGAAAUGUCACAGAAAAAUAUAUCCAAUUUGGAAACUCUUCUAGAUACUUUCCAGCAAUUCUACGAUCUACAAAAAUCUUAUCAAGAUUAUCAGAAGCAACAAUGGGAGCAAUUAGCCAAUUACAGCGACUAUACUGGCAACAAAGCUGCCUUACAAAUUCAAUUGACUAAAAUCAUGGAGCUUCAAGAUGGCCAGAGGGAAGGAGAAUUGAAAUUAGAUAUUCUCAGUGAACACGUGUCUCAGAGUGCUCAUAAUUUAUCACCCAGAUCAUUAGAAUCUAUGGAAAGAGACUUGGCUACGUUAAGAUUCGAGCACAAAAAGUUCGCCACAGCUGUAAACGAUAUUAUUCGAUGCAUCGAAGAGAGAAUUCAACAAUGGAGCGAAUACGAGAACUCUUUAGAACGUUUAUUAGCUUGGUUGACGGAUGCAGAAUCGUCUUUGAAGAAUUAUUCUCUGAAGAACACUCUCGAUGAGAAGCAAGAGCAACUUGAAAAGUAUCAGGCACUACAAAAAACCGCCUUGUCGUGGGACACGGAAGUGACGGAACUGGUGGCCCUAGGAGACCACCUGGAUCAAAUGUUGAUCGUGAAUCUACGGCAAAAUGAGGCAGAAUUCGAUAAGAUGAGCGACGAAUCUUCCGAACUGAUGCAGAUUAGCGGUGAAACAAGAUUUUCUGCUAGUGUUCAACAAAUCACUUCUCGGUUCCAAUCUAUUCAAGCAACUGCUAAAGAAUUAGUUAAAAAAUGUGAACAAGCAGUGGCGGAUCACGCAGCCUAUCUUGAACGUUACAAACAAUGUUCCGAAUGGCUGGCAAAUACACGAACUACUUAUCAAUCAAUCAAGGAUGACUUUAGCGGUACUCGCCAAGAAUUAACUUCGAACGUGGCAACCUUAAAAGAUCUUCUAACUCGACAAUCUUCGGCAACUCUUUUGAUCAAUAAUACCGUCGAAGCUGGAGAACGUUUGUAUCCUACCACAGGCAUGGAAGGCAGAGAAAUCGUCCGCCAACAAUUAUUAGACCUCCAACGAGCUUUCGAGGAGCUCUACGACAGCAUUGCCUCCACUGAACGAGAGUUGCAAUCGAAGAUAUCUCGUUGGUCCGGUUUCGACGAGUCCAACGAAUCGUUCGACAAGUGGCUGAGAACUGUCGAGACUCAAUUGAAACCAGAAAUCGAGUUGAAAACCACGUUGGACGAGAAACGAGCCCAAUUACAAAUUUAUCGUUCCUUUUUGCACGAUAUCCAAUCUCAUCAACAAGAUCUACUCGAUCUUCGAGACAAGGCUGACAAUUUGCCGGAUUCCACGGACAAGGUGCAUCUGACGCUGAAGAAAUUGAGCGAGAGACACGCAACCGUGUUGAAACGUGCGGCUGCUUUCGUCGAAAGAUAUGAAGGCAUCGUUAGUGAUCAUCAACAGUACAGCAAGGCUGUUCUGGAUACCCACGAGUGGAUAGAUGCGACUCACAAUGCGGUUAUUCUUUGGGGUGACACGGAACUCGAACGUGUGUCUCUUCAUACUAAUCUGGACAGAUUGAGGAACUUAUUGCAGGGUUUACCAGAGGAUAAACCAAGAGUGCAACAGAUAAGAACACUAGGCGAGAAAGUGAUUCCAGGCACGUUGGAGUCUGGACAGAUAAACAUUCGAUCUCAGAUCGAUUCCUCGCAGCAAGAGUGGGAAAGUCUGGUCACUGCGGUGAAGUCUACUAUAGAAACACUGGAGAAUAAGCUUCAACAAUGGAACGAGUUCGAAACGUCGAAAGAACGUUGUUUGGCUUGGAUGAGAGAAACUGACACCAAGCUUCAUGCGGUGGACUUGAAGGCUACCUUGCAAGAGAAGAAAGAUCAAUUGGAACUUUUGAGAACUCUUCAGGGACAGGUGCGUGCGAAAGAAUUGGAGAUAGACGCUGUUACCGAGAAGGCUCAACAGCUUCAUAAGAAUAUCACGUCUCGUACCACUCAUAUGUCGGAAUUGAGCAUCAAGUAUCAACAAAUAUCGAACAAAGUGAAAGAUUUGAACAGUCGUUGGCAUCAAUAUGUGACUACUCAUCAAGAAUUCGAUAAUCAAGUGGCAGAGUGUACUAGAUGGUUAGACGACAUUAGGAAGAAGUUGGCCUAUUGCUCUGACUUAGGUGCAUCCUCUCAGAAAGAUUUGGAGAACAAGAUGGAGAUAGUGCAAGACUUAUUAUUGUACAAGGAAGAUGGGUUCGCCAAGGUACAAGGUAUUGUGGAAUUAGCUCAGGCAGUCUUGGCAAACACGGCUCCAACUGGACACAAAGCUAUCAACGAUGCUGUUGGAAAGCUGCAAGAGCAAUGGAGUGCUCUGGCCUCGAAGAUGUUGGAGACUAAAACUAAUUUGGAUGACUCUAUCAAUAAAUGGGCUGGUCUUCUAGAACAGAUACAAUCGAUGAAUAAGACGGUGGAUUACAUGCAGUCUGCUUUGAACGAGUUCAUGCCUUUCCAAACUACCAUGUCUGAGAAGAGAUGUCAACUGGAACGUAUCAAGGCUUUAGAAGAGAAAGUUCGAUGUGAGAAUAUUGAAGUCGAUAGUCUGAAGAUCAAGGUCGCUGAGAUGAUCGCCAGUGGACCUCAAGGGUUAGCUGCAUCACAGGCACAGAGCAUUUUGAACAGAUUCGAUACGUUGUUUGAAAAAAUCAAGUCUUUACUGACCGAACGUGAAGAACAGUACAAGGAUCAUAGAUUAUACAAGGAGGCGCACGAUGAUAUUAUUAAUUGGUUGAGUCGAGCUCGCGAGAAGAUUCCAUCUAUGAAGCAAAGACCUUUAAGCGAUAAAUUGGCUAUCGAAAACGCUGUGGCUCCACUGGAGAGUUUGUUGAACAAGAAAGCUCAAGGAGAAUUGUUGGUGGAACAUCUUCAGCAUACUGGGAAGGUUGUAUGCGCGAGCACGAGUCCUCAAGGUCAGGAAAUUAUAAAGAACGAGGUGAAAGCUUUGACUCAGAGUUUCGAGGAACUUUUCAGAGAAAUCAAGCAACAAAAGGAUCAAUUAGAACAAACGGUGAGCCAAUGGCGCGAUUACAAGGACGAGUACGAAAGAUUAAGCGAUUGGUUGCAGCAAUUUGAUAUUCUCAUAAAGGCGCAAAAGAAUUCUCUAUUACCAAAUGUAGCUGAGAAGGAAAAACAGGUGCAAGAAGUGAAAGAGAUAUUGGAGAAUUUGCUGAAAGGACAGGAACAAAUCGAUAAAUUCAACAAGACAGCGUCCAGUCUACUUUCGUCUCACUUGGACACCUAUAUAAAUAACCAGCUUCGACACUUAAACUCGCGUUAUCAGGUUCAAGUAAAUCUUGCCAAAGAUGUUCUCAACAAAGUCGAAACCAAUCUAGCUCAGCACAAAGAAUACGAAGCUAAUUUGGAAAAGACACGUGCCUGGAUCGAGAACGCGAAACAGAUUAUUCGAAAGGGGACAGAAGCAGCGUCGACUAGCAGCAGAGAAGAAUUGCAGAACAGAUUGGACAAUAUCCAAGAGUUGUUGAGGAAACGGGAAGAGGGUCAGAACUUGGUCCAUCUGACGGUGAAUUGUGGCGAGAAAGUGAUGAGAAACACUCGGUCGGACGGGCGAGAAGAGAUCAAUGCUCAAUUGAAAGAGAUCCAAAAUGAUUGGGAGAGAUUGGUGAAGAAGAUCUCGACGACGAAAGUGCGUUUGGAAACGAGUCUUCUUCAAUGGGCUGAUUACAGCUCGUCUUAUCUGCAAUUACAGCAAUGGAUCAAUGAUAGAGAAGCUAAAUUGCAACAAGUCUGCGAACAGAAGGUAUCUAAGGCUAGAAAGGGUCUGGCUGGAUUGAGUUCCUUGGCUAUCGGAGAAAGGAAGGCGAAUCUCAGGCAAACGAACAGCAUCGUUCAAGAUAUAGUGGCGUUCGAACCGAUGAUUCAAUCGGUUACAACGAAGGCCGAGGAUCUUCGACAGGCCACACCAGCCACGGAAAUUUCAAUCAAAUAUGAAACAUUGAGUAAACAAGCUCAGGAAUUGUAUGCCAAACAGAAGGAGACUGUAGAGCAACAUCAAGCAUUUAUAGACAGUGGAAAUGAAUUUAUACAGUGGAUAAGAGCUGCCAAGGAGAGGCUUGGUAAAUGUUCCGAGCCUACUGGAGAUAAGGAAUCGUUGGCGAACAAGAUCACUCAAUUGAAGGUACUGCAAAGUGAGCUGCCAGAGGGUCAGAAGAAAUUGCAACACGCCUUGGAGCAAGGAAACGCGGCAUGCCAGAUCGCGGAUGAGGAGGACAAAGAGAUUAUUGAAGAGGAAGUGGCGUUGUUGCAAGAAGAGUACGAUAGCUAUGUAGACUCCCUGAACAACACCAAGAGUUUGUUGGAGGUAGGAAUAGUGAAAUGGACGGAGUACGAAGAUCAAUUCUCAGAAGCUACCGAAUGGCUCACGCAGACGGAACAGUUGGUGCAAUCGUUCAACAAACUUCAGGAUAGUUUGGAAGAGAAGAAGAAUGUUCUCGAACAGUUCCAGAUCCACUUACAGACUUUGUUCGACUGGCAGAAGGAAUUAGAUCGAUUGAAUAUGAAAGCUCAGAUGUUGCUGGAAACUUGUGCGGAUACUAGAAUUUCUAACGCUAUUACUCAAUUGACAACCAAGUAUAAUGCUCUUCUAUCUUUGGCCAAAGAAAUAAUGAGACGUCUCGAGUUACAUUAUCAGGAACAUCAACAACAUAAUACGUUGUAUCAAGAAUGUCAAGAUUGGAUAGAACGAACACGUGACAAAUUGAGCGAGUGUAAGGAACUUCCAAGCACUUUAACCGAGGUGAACAAUAAAUUGCACACUUGCAAAGCCAUCAGACAAACACUGGAACAAGGCCAGAACAAGCUGCGUUAUGCUCUCGAACUGAAAGAAAAAGUGAUCAUGAACACGGAACAAAAUGGCGCCGCAAAGAUUCAAGAGGAUACAGAGAAUCUGAAGACGGAGUUUGAGAGAUUAUUAGUGAACGUGGAAGACAUAAGACAGAAGCUUUCAGCUAGAGCAAGCGCAUUGGAGGAAUUGAACAAAAUUCACCGAUUGACUACAGAUUGGAUCGAAGAGAUCGAGGGUAAAAUUCAACCAGGUGAAAUGUACAAGAACGAUCUGAGCGAAAAACGAGCGGUAUUGGAGAAGUAUAAGACAGUUCAGAGGGAUAUUCAAGGUCAUGGUGAAACCGUAGACCGAUUGAAAGCUCGUUUGGCUGAAGAUUCCAGUAUACCUAUUGGUCCUUAUCAAUCCACUAUUGCCAAGUACGAUGAAUUGACUAAAUUGAUCGCUGAAAAGAUUAAGAAUUUGGAAGAACAAGUGAACGAUCACGAAAAGUUCCAACAAGCUCACAACGAAGCAGCGGACUGGGUUCGCCAUACAAAGCUGGAACUUCAACAAAACUGCGACACUCAUGGGGAGAAGGAGCGAAUCAUCGAACGAGAGAACAAAGUGAACCAGAUCAUAGCUUCCCUUCCCAAAGGAGAGAGUUUGAUCUCGAAGGUGAUCCAACUCAGCGAUGGUGUGAUCGCUAGUACAGGUCCAGAAGGUCAGGAAACCAUCAAACAGGACAUGAAACAACUGCAAGCAAACUGGAAAUCUCUACAAUCUCAGUGUCACGAGUCCCAGAAGACUUUGUUCAAUUGUAUCGCCAGUUGGUCUCAAUUUACAACUGCUUUAGACAGUAUGAAGAGAUGGAUAGAUCAUUUCCAGAAGAAGGUGAACGACGAACAAUCGAAAGAGAACAAAACUCCGGAGGACUUGGUCCGGUGCAAAAGCCUCGUGGAGGAAGCUAUCCAACAGAAACCAGUUUUGGAGGAUCUGAACGACAAAUGCGAGGCCUUGCUGGAGCUGAGCGCUUGCAGCUGGGCUCGUGACAAGACUGUGCAAUUGCAAUCUGCUUACACGUCUCUGUUGACCGAUAUGCAAGGUCUUGUUUCUCGAGUGGAGAAGAAUCUGUCCGAUCAUACCGAGUUCUUGAAGGCGAAGAAGGAAAUGGAAGAUUGGUUGCGCAUUGCUCGAGGCUCGGUACAAGAUUGUAUGGGCGUUGGAGAUGCUGAAUGGGCUAAGGAUAAGUUGGAAACUAUCAAGAUCGUAGCAACAAGAAUUACCGAGGGUCAACAUUUAUUGUCAACAUUGCAAACUGCCUUCACGAAAGCCAUAGACACAGCUGUACCAGAGCAACAGGAUCAACUGAGAUCAGACAUGGCGGGACUCCUUUCCAGCUGGGAACAGCUCAGCAUCGAUUUGAACACCGUUCAAGCUCAACUUAAAUCCCUGUUGCAUCGCUGGGACGAUCAUUCAGAAGCUCAUGGAAAAUUGAAACGAUGGUUGGAAGAAACGGAGAAUAGUAUGCAAGACCUUCCGGACACGAAAGGAGAAUUCGGUGAUAUGAAGACCAUGCUUGAACGUUAUAAACACAUCCAGGAGGAAGUACGCGGCAAGAAGACCGAGUUGGAUCAUUUAAUGGACGAAGCUAGCGAAUUGUCGAAACUGGCGAAGAAAAACACGUCUCUGGAACGAACGAAGGAACUGUUGAAACGAUGGGAGAAUUUGAGCGAAAACGUCGACGAGAGGAAGAGGUUGAUCGAGAACGAGAUGCAGGAAUACAACGCGUAUCACGCAGCCUUGCAAGAGACGGAGAAGUGGCUGUUGCAAAUAUCUUUCCAAUUAAUGGCUCACAAUUCUCUCUACAUCACGAACAAGGAGCAAACGGUGUCGCAAAUUCAGCAGCAUGAAAACCUGCUCGCGGAAAUCGAGAAUUAUACGAGUGUCUUGAACGAUUUAAAGUUGAAAGGGAAUGGACAGAUCACUCGAUACGUCGCUGUCAAUCCCGAAAUUAAAACGAUCAUCGAAACGCAAUUGCAAAAUGUUCAAGAGAGCUACAACUCCUUGUUGAACACGGCAUUGCAAAUAAAGAAACGAUUGGCGGAAUCGUUGGUCAAAUUCCAGGAGUACGAGAACACUCUGGAGAGUAUUAUGAAGAAUUUGGACGCGUAUGAACCGGAAAUCGCUCAAGAAAUGGAAGCGCCGUUGGAUACUCUCGACGCAGCGAAACAGAGAUUCGAAAAUGCUCGCACGUUGCACAAUAAAUUGCAAGGGGAGAAGACAAGGCUUGCUCUGGCUGUCGAGGCUUGCGAGGCUGCAGUGGCAUGUGUCUCCAGACCCGGAAGUCCUCUGGAUGCGCCGCCUGUGCAGAUUCCGGCUAGGGAAGUCGAAGUGAGAAACAAAUUGGAGGAAUUGAUCGAUCAGGCGCAGGGACACUUGAUGAACGUAACCAAGGCUCUAAACGAGUUGGAAGAGCAAACCCGACAGAAGAACGUUCUCCGUGCGUGGAUAAACCAGCAAAGGGCUCUGUGCGCCGAAUGGAAAUCUCGUCCAGCGAAAUUGAGAUCCGAAGCAGCUCUUGCCGAAUUGCAAGCUAUGAACGAUCUGCUUGGAAACGUUGGAGAACGUCGAACUCACGCAUUGACAGAGCUGUCUCUUCACGAGGACGAUCAGGAUAUCGAGGAGGGAUUGAACAAAUUGGAAGCAGAGUUGACGGAUGCCAUCGCUGGGAAACAAGCGGCGCAGGAUCUGAUUCAGAAGUAUAGGACACAGGUGCAGAACAUGCAAUCGUGGUUGGACACGUUGUCCAAAAAGGUGGACGUUAUCGAGAAAGGGAACGGGCAGACGAUUGGACAGAAGAUAGCUAGCGUGAAAGAGAUCACGACCGAGUUUGAGUCCCAAGGGCCCGGAAAAUUGAACGAGGUGAAGACUUUGAGCGAUCAGGUGAUGGAUUCGGUGAGCAAUCUGGAUUCUCAGCAAAUAGAAGAGCAAAUUAAAUCGGUGGAGAGACGAUACGCUGAUAUAGGGAAGAAACUGCAGAGGAAGGCGCAAGUGUUGGACAUGACUGCUCAAGGUAUUGAAGCUACGAGGCAGGAGAUCGAAGAGAAUAGAGAUUGGAUUCAGCAAAAGAAGAAGCAAGCUCAGAUGUCCGAGCCUGUUGGAUUUGACAGCAAGCAGGCAGAAGAAAGGCUUCUUGCUUUGAAGGCAAUGUUGAAGGAAGCAGAGGGAAAACAAAUGGUGAUCGAUACGUUGGAGAAACGAGUAGGAAACAUGCAGAACGAAUUAGAGUCGAACGAGCAACAACAAUUGGAAAAUGAAACGAAAGCUUUGCGUGGUGAACAAUCCCAACUUUGCACGAUUUUGACAGAGGGAAUCUCUAGUGCCACGGCUGCGGCUGAUGCCCGUCGUAAGUUCGAGGCUGAUCUCGAACGAGCACGAAGCUGGAUCAAAUCGAAGAGCAACAAUUUGAAGAAAUUGAGCGGUUAUCUCCCUCUAAAGGCGUCGAAAGUCGAGCAAGAUAUCGUGCAACACGGUGAAUUGGAAACUGAUAUCGAUUCGUUCAGCGAGAAAGACCUGAACGACAUUUUGAAACAAGGAAACAAUUUGCUGAAGGAGUGCAGCGAAGAGGAUCGUGCCAGAUUGAAUAAGAUCUUGGAUGAAUUGAACAAAGACUACGAGGAGCUGAAAAGUGAGGCACAAGAGAAACAAGCUGCGUUGGCGGAUCUUCUUCAAGGGCGAAAGGCUUUCGAGAGUGAAAUAGACAAGUGCCAGAGAUGGAUCAAUGAAGCUGAAGUUGCUACAUCUUCGGAUCUGAGAACUUCCAGUAUUGAUAUUCUAAGAGAGCAACUGGCUAAGUACGAUCGUUUGAAGAAAGAGGCGAAGGAGUACGCAGAUGAUAUCGAGAAAUUAAUGCAACAAGGAAAAUCGAUUCUUCCAACCGUGACCGAUGCCGAUAAGCUCGAAUUAAACGAACAGUUGCAAAACAUGAAGGAAGCUCACGGUAGAGUUGCUGGAAUAAUAAAUGAAAGAGCCCUCGCCCUUCAAAAGAGCAUCGACGAAGCCGAAGAAUCAUUGGCACGAGUAGCUGAAGCCAUUCAAUACAUGACAGACGUUCAGAAAGAACUUCACGAGCUUAACAAACCUAUUGGUUCACGCGUGGAAGACGUCGAGGCUAUGUUGGAUGCAUACGAGAGAAUAUUGAACGAUUUGAAGGCGAACAAGGCGAAAUUGUCCGAUUUACAGUCGAUCAACGUGGCUGAUCUUCAUGGGGUAUUAACUCAGCAAGAUGAUCUCAUGAAAGCUAUAGAGUCCCAAAUUGCGAAACUUCGCCAGUUACUUUUGUUACGUCAACAAUUCAUCGCUUUGAUCACAGAGAUAACUACUUUCAUAGCUAAAUAUACGGAGAUCGUUCGAGAUAUCGAGAAUUCUGGUCAAACAACGGAGGAAAAGAUCAAAAGGUACGACGAUGCAAUUCUGAAGAUCCAAGAAUGCGAAGCUACCCUCGCCAGUGCAACGGACAAGGGUCAACAAAUCGCAGCAGAAGGCUCAACUGUGGAUAGAAACAAUAUAACGGAACAACUGCAAUCUCUGAAACAACAAUUACAAGGUCUGAGAAGAGCUGUGGAAACUCAAAGGGAGCAGCACGAAUUAGCAGCAGCGGAACACAAGAGAUUGGCGAACGAAUUGGCUGAGAUUCUCGAUUGGUUGGAGGACAAAGAGAAAGAAGUGAAAUCUAGACCUCUUCUGGAAAGAGAUCCAAUCAGUGUGGAAGCAGAAUUGCAAAAACAUAACGAGCUCUGCGAUGCAGUCAACGAACAUCUCGAUAGAAUCAGAAAUUUGAAGAAUUCUGUUCCCCACGAAGAAGGAAUGCCUGGUUCGUUGAAGGAAAUGCUGAGCGAGGCUGUCUCUCUGUUGACCUCUUUGCCCAGAGAAAUGGAGGAACGUGGAAAUUAUUUGGAGAGCAACAUGAAGCUGAGACAAGAGUAUGCUGCUCUUACCGAGAAACUUCGAAGUUGGGUUCGAGAGGCAGAGAUUCGAUUGGAAAGUGACAAGGAUGGACUCGAUUUCGAGAACAUCCUGAGCGAUCUCGAGGAGCACAAGAUCUACUUCAGCAGCGAGCCAUCGAUUCGCGAAUUGGUGUCUCAGCAAAUUCAGCAAGCCGGUGACAAAAUUUGGCCUUCGUUGAACACGUCUGAGCAAGAAGAAUUAAGCGCGGAACAACAGCAGCACACCCAAUUAUUGAAAAACACGUUGAACACGGCGAAAUCUCAACGCGCCAGGUUGGAACAAGGCGCUGAAACGUGGAGGGAUUACACGCAAACCUUGGAACGAGUCCGGGCUGUGAUAGCGAGGAGCAGAUUCACCGACGAGCCUGUCACGACUCUGGCUGGACUGCAAUUUAACAUCCAGAAGAUCACGCACGCGCUCAAUGACAUACAGAAUCAACAAUUCGAAUUGGAUCUAUUGAUCGAACGCAGUCAAGAAGUGCUUCGAUUGGCCGACGUUAAUAACAAGAAAACGAUAGAGGCGCAGAUUUCUGAGAUCAGUGCGGAAUGGAAAGAGUUGGUUUCCGGGUUGGAAGGGCGAAGGGAUGCCCUCGAGGCGUUGUCGAAGCAUUGGGAAGAUCUGGAGGCACAAUGGUCGCUUAUCGAGACUAAAGUGAAUGCUAUCGAGGAGAAGAGCAAACUUUUGGACACUGUGGUUCGUUCUAAGCAACAUUUGCACGACACCAUCAAAUCUCUACAUGAGUUGGUAACGGAAGCGGAGAAAUUGAAACCGAUGGCAGCGGAAGUGAAAGCUUUAUCAGGACCUGUUCUAGCAUAUCUGGCUGCCUUCACAGAAGCUCCAGCUCAUGCUCUCGAGGAAAAGCUGAAUAAAUUGCAGAAUUCCGUCGAAUCGCUCAUCGACACCCUGCAGACGAAAUCCAAGAAGGCGGACGAGGACUUGGAAGCGUUCGAAGGCACCGAGCGUGAGAUCGAUCAGCUGAGGAAGCAUCUGAACGAGGCGCGCGAACGCGCCUCUCAUUUGUACAUAUUCGGGCCGGAUCAGGACGCGACCGAGGAGGAGCUUGACGAGCUGCGUUGGGCUGUCGAGCAGCUCCUCGAGAGCGGGAAAAAGUUCUCAGGAAGCACUAAGGCGCGGUACCAAGCUAGCCAGCAGCUGGUCCCCAGCGAUCUUGCCCAACACCUGACCGCCCUCGAACUUUGCGCCGAGGCGACAGCGCAGGCCAUGGAGGAGAAACAGAGGGAGCAGAAGCGCGCGAGAACCGUCAGAUCGGAUUAUCUGACCGAUCUGGACGAGGUUCAAGCGUGGAUCAGGCAGGCCGAGUUGAAGGUUCAGGACAGAUCGAUCGAGCCUGUACCUCUCAAGGAUCAAUUGAGGCAGGUGCAAGAGGAGUUGGGCACGAUCAGCGACAAGCUCGAACGAUUAACGAGAAAUGGCCGUACAAUUGCGGAGAACACGAGGGACGACACGGAGAAACAAUUGAUCGACAGCACCGUUCACAACGUGACCGAACAGUUGAACCAAGUGAGGAAUUGGUUGGACGAGAGGAAACAAGUGGUGGCGGACACCAUUGACGCUUGGCAGAGAUUCUUGUCGUUAUACGAGGCAGUGAGGACGUGGACCGAGGAGAAGAGACAAUUCUUGGUUGAGCCGUUGAAGCUCAGCACCCUCGUGCAGGCUAGGCAGAGGCUGCACGAAUAUUCGACAGCCGUGAAAAGCUGCAAACAGAUCAACAAGAAUCUCAGUGACAUGGGUAAGGAGCUCGAGAGUAUCGGUCAGGUUUGCAGCGUGGGCGACUUGCCCGAGAAAUUGCUCGAAGCUGAAGAAGCUAAGGUUCAAGUCGAGGGUCAACUGUUGGAGAGGAACGCGCUGCUGCAAGAAACUAGCGAGGAAUGGGAGCAAUGCGAGCGAAAGAUGAAAGAGGUGAAAACGUGGAUCGAGAAAGCGAAACAGAGUCUCGAAUCGCCGCAGAACAAAAAGAAACCGUUACGGGAUCAGCACAGCAUACGGGAGAAAAUGCUGAGCGAUAUCGCGAUACAGAAAACGAAAAUCGGUAUAUCGAUGGAGAAGCUCCAGGUUCACUUCCGGUCGGGGAUCGGUGGCGAUAGCCGAAUCGGCGAAACGGUUGACGAGCUACUGGCCGAGUUAGACAAUCUUCACGCCAACGUGAAGGAACAGACCACAGCGUUGGAGGGUUGUUUAGCUCAGAUCGAUCAAUAUCAACAGGAGAUACAACAAUUGAGGCAACAGAUUAUGCAGGUAGAACAACAAUUGAGGACAGUGCUGAGUCCGACUUACCUGUCCACCGACAAGGAGAAGGCGUUGCAGGAGCAACAGCAGAGCCUGCAGCAAAGGAUGGACGAUUGGAGGCAACGCGUCAAGACAUUGCUGGAUGAAAUAUACACCGUGGACCCGUACUAUGUACAAAGCAACGAGACAAGGUUCGUCAAUCAGGUCUCGUACGCGGACAUCGCCGCUGGUCGCACGAGCCCCAAUUCCAGGGGCUCUAGCCCCUUUAGAAACAACCGGGACGAGGCUGCUCCUACACCUCUCUCGAUUCAAGUGCUUAGACCGACUGCUCAAUUCUCAAGAUCCGUGGAUAUCCAGAAACCCGUCGUUGAACCGGUUCGCGAUGAAACUCCGCCUAGCACCGCGAGAAUAGAAAGCAGAGGCAACGAGGAACGGGCGAGAAUCGAGGAGCAGAGCGAACAGAAGGACUCCGAGAUGAGAAUCGAAAGCAGAAGACACGUUUCCAAGAUGGAUUCGGUGGAUUCUAGAACGAGGAGUCAGUCGAGGAGGGCUGGUUCGGUUAGAAAUGACAGCGAUGAGGCUGUGAGGGAAUCUAGGGAGAGAAAUUCGUCCGCGGAGAAUGAAAACGAGAUGGAGAUUUCUACAUCGAUGGAACAGAAAAAGGAAUCGUUGGUACUUAAGAACACGUUGGCGCCUAAGGUUGAGAGGAGAGGAAGAUCGGCUAGUCCCAUUUGGGUGCCUGGAUCUACGUCCUACGCGGAUAUCCUUCGUGGAAAUAGGCAAAGUUCUCGCAGUCCUUCGGUGGAGGCUGGCAAGGACGUUAAUAUGAUUGGUAGAGAGGUCAGCGAGACUGUGGUCGAAGAGUUGUCUGUGGAAACGGUUCAGAGUGAGAAGUUGGAGUUCAAUGUGCCCAGACUCGAAGUGGAGGAAGAGACGGAAGUUCAGGAAGCUGUUGAGGAAGAGGCAAACGAAGAGAUAGCAGUAGAGAGUUACCAGUCUGUUGAGGUAAUGGAUGAAGACGUGGCUGAAAUCGUAUCUUCUUCCGUGAAACCCGAGGAAUCGGCAGAGGCUCAAACCAGUUGGGCUGAUGAGAGCAUGGAGGAGUACGUUUUAUUGAAUGAGAAGAAUUACAAGAAUAUUGCGGGAGCACCGCAACAAGUUCAAGAAGUGUACAAUUAUAUUCAACCACCUCUUCGACCAGCGAUUCCAGAAUUGGUUGGAUUCAUUGGAUCUCAGGUAGCUUAUCCAGUAAGUUCUUACGUCUACAUGCCGGCUGCAUCCCCUCAGCAGAUGGCUCUUCCUCAUUACACCGAGAGUCAGAUAGCAUUCCCGUCUGAACAAUACGUGGCACAACCUAGUUACAUCCCUGAGCCAGAGAUUUAUCAGCAGAAUCUGUUGCAGAAACAGAGACAACCGCAUCAAUCUAAAUACAAAAGUAAUCCAAAGAGCGCUCCAAUUAUCAUGCAAAAUGUGGAAGAGAAAUGUUUAUCUUGUCAGAUUCCUCAAGCUGUGGAUAUUCAGCCUGUCGUACAACCUAUUGUCCAACCAAUACAGAUAGUUGAAGAGAAAUCUGUGGAACAAGAACAGCCUGUACAACAGCCUGUGGAACAACAACCUGUGCAGCAAUCAGUGCAACAAUCAGUGGAACAAUUAGUAGAGCAACCUGUGGAACAACCUGUGCAACCUGUUUCCCCCGCAACACCAUCGGAAAGCACACCGGUGAAGACAAAAAUAAUCACCGAGAGUAAAACAUUCUCCUACGCUCAGAUCUUAUCACAGGGUCUCGCUCCUAAACCGUCAUCGGCCGUCAGUAGUUAUUCUCCACCAACGAGCGUUCCAUCGACGACAUUAGCCUCGAAACAGGUGAAAGAGCGUUCGUAUUCACCUGUGAAUUCGACAACGUCCUCGGUGCACGAGACGAGUCCUCCUCAGGAGGCGAGGCAAACUCGAGAAUCGUCGGUAAGUAAACAGGAAAGCAAUUGGGACGUUACGAAGAAAAGGGAGACGAGGAAGACUCAUCAGGAGGCGCCGAAGACGAAAAUCCCGGAAAAGAGAGCUAGAAGAGGGCCCGAGUACUCGAAAGAGAAACUUCAAAAGGAGAAAAUUAAGAUUAAUGUGGAGCAACAGAAACAGGUAUUCGAAACGAAAGAUGAAAUUGUCGUGGAAGAUACUUCUAAAAUAAAUGUGAAGAGUAACGAGGUUGAGAUUAAAAAGGAAAAAGUGGAAGAUGUUCGAUCGGAAAAGAGAGUAGAUGUCGAAAAGACGAAAAAGAUCGAAACACAGAAACAAGAUGAAAAGCAAGAGGUUCAGGAGGAGAAGCAUGAUGUUCAACAGAGGAGCAGAUCUCAGGAAAAGAAACGAAAGGGAAAGAAGAAGAAACCGGAGAAGUCGAUGGACGAUGAGAUAGACAAGGCUCUGAAAGAAAUUGAGGAUAUGGAUAAACAGAAAAAGAGGGAUAAAUCGAGGGAACAGACUAAGAUUAAGGAUACGAUUCAAACUGUUCAAACAGAAAAAUCUAAAGAAGAUAAUGAAAAGAAAGGCGUGAAGCCUGGCGAGAAAAAGAAACAAAAUAAAUCGAAGAUGGAGAAGGUUAGAGACGAAUCAGAAAUUGCAAUGAAUCAGACUAACGCGAAAGAACAAAUGAAAUCGAAGAAUGAUACGAAAGAAAGUAAAGAAGAGAAAAAUAUUGAGAAAAGGAAUGCAAAGGAUGAAGCUAAGAUUUCUAAGGAGAAAGUUGAAAGUCGAAAGAGCGAGUCGGAAAAAAGAUUUGAAAUUAAAAUCGAUUCAGGUAACGAAAUGAAGAAAAUUGAGACGAAGGAAGAGAAAGCGCAAAAAGAUUCUGCUAAUCUAUCGAAGAAAAAGCAAAAAGGUAAAGAACAGACUGGUAUGGUGAAAGAUAAGUCUAAUAAAGAUAGUGUGAAAUCUACGAAAAUUGAAAAUGAAUCUGAACAAAUGAAAAAAGCGAUAUUUAUUGAAGAUAAAGCAGAAAUUCAAAAAGAGAAAGACAUUAAACCAGUUGAAAAUAUUGGAAAUUUAGAUCAAUCACAGAAACAAGAGGAUACGAAAUCUAUAAAACUUAUGAAAUCAGAAAAAAUAUCUGAAACAAAAGAAUCAAAAGAGAAGGAACCUGCGAAACCUAAAGAACAGGAUAAAUCGAAAAAGAAUAAAAAACAGAAACAAGGAACCGAGAAUGAGAAAGAUCAGACACCUAAGAAACAGAGCCAACAAAAAGAAGAAAAGAAAAUAGAUCAAUCGAAACAGAAAAAAUCUGUAGAAAAAUCAGAGAUAAUAGAUAUUAAAUUGGAAGAAAACAAAGAGAUUAAAAUAGAGGUUGAUGUGAAAGCACCAAAAGAUGAAAAAGAGAAAAAGGUAACUGGAAAAGAGAAAGAAAAGAAAGCUGAAAGUAAAGAUCGUAAAAAGAAAGAUACAAAACCAGAAGUAGCAUUAAAAGAGAAAGAAGAACAGAAAGCUGUAAUAAAUCCAUUGAUUAGUGCGAUAGAAUCUGAUAAAAAAAUUGAAGAAAAAGAAAUUGAUAAUAAAGAUUCGAAGGAAAGUUCUACACCAAAGAAAGAAACGAAAAAAGCAGGUGAAGCAGAGAAACAGACAAAAACAAAAGGUGGAAAGAAAUCUAAAAAGGAAGCGGAUGUUAAUCAGAAAUCUGCUGAGAUUAUCAAAAAAGAAGAGACGAUAGUCGUUACAGAUAAACAAGUUAUUGAAGAAAAAAUUGAUGAAAAAAUUAUUAUAGAAGAAUCGAAAAAAGAACAUUUGAAACUUGAAUCAGUUGUACCAAAUACAGAACAAUCAGAGAUGAAAAAACAUAAGAAAUCUAAAUCACCAAAAAGAGGAAAGAAAGAAGAAAGUUUAAAAUCUAUAGAACAAAAAGAAAAGACAGAGAAAAAAGAAAUGCAAGAGGAAACGAUAAAAUUAGAAGAAAUGAGCGAUAAAAUCGAUACGAAAGAAAAGUCUAUAAAAGAAACAAAAGAAGAAGUUGUUAUCGAAGUUAAAGAGGAAAUUAGUGCAGUUCAAGUUGAAGAAAAGAAAGAAAAAGAUAUAAUCCUAACAGACAAAAUUGAAAUACAGUCUGCUAUUGAAAAAAUACCUGAAAAGAUUAUUGUUGAAGGAAGCAUGGAAACAUUUAUAAAAACUGUAGAAAUAGCAAAAGAAACUGAAAAAAUUGAAGUCAGUGAUACGAAAGAGAAAAAGGAAACACCUCCUCCUGAAAUUUCAAAAACAGAAGACCAACAACCAGAGCAAAAGAGUGAAAUGCCAAGUACACCAUCAAAGAGUAAAAAAUCAAGUAAAUCAAAGGAGAAACAUCCUGUCGAAAAAAUAGCUCCACUUUCUAUAGUUCAAGAGCCUAAACCAAGUACACCAAAGAGUCAACCAAGUACACCAAAAUCCGAUAAAAAGAAGAAGAAGAAACAAGAGAAUAAAGACAAAGAUAAUAUUGAAUCUCCACAAGCAAAACAAAAGACAAUUACUGAAAAACCUCUCAGUGACGCAAAACCAAUCGAAGAAUCCAUCGAAAUACCUGAUGUUGUUCCCGAAAAAUCUAUUUUUGAAGAGAAAGAAAUACCAACGACGUUGCAACCUGAAAUAAGUCCAAUAAUUGAGCCUGAAAAAGAUCAAAUUAUUGAAUCUAAUGAGUCAAAAUCUGUUUCGCAAGACCUGAUUGAAAAAUCAAGUACAGAAGAAGUUCCAUCUCUCUCAUUGACAGAAGAGAUUUCAAACGUCACAGAUACUGGUUCGCCAGUCGAAGAAUCAUCUUCGACGUCAUCGGGCAAAGCAUUAAUCAUCGAAAAAACGGUAACCACGGUGACGACCACGACCAGCAUACCGGGAUCUGUCGAAGUGAAGCCUCCGAACGUGAAAUCCGUGAAAUCCGUAGAGAUCUUAGAAAGCAUUCCCUUACCUAAGAUCGUAGGCUCCAAACCCACUGAAUUAAUCACCCUACGUCCUGAAACAGUAGAGGCUAGCCUAACAACCAGAUAUGCUAGGGUAUCGGAUGAAUCAGCUGUUGGUAUCCCCUCGAAAGAGUUUUUAGAUACGUUAGUGGACGAGUCGAAUUUCGAUUACGCGAAUUAUAUCAAUCUCGUCGAAGACGAUCAACCGAUUUUGUUCGGUAGCGUUCAGGAUAGGAGGAAAGAUCAUUCUGGGACUUCUUUGUCUGUAGAAAACGCGAAGGAAGAACGAGAGGUCGAUGAUUUAAAGGAGGGACAGGGUAUUGAUGCGAAGAUUUCGCAAGAUACAUUGAGCGAAAUCGAGGGUAAGAUUGAAAAGGGUGAAAUAAUGAUUAAAAAAGAAGUAAACAUUCUUGGAGAAACUGAAAAUGAGAGAUUCAAAGAUUCGAGUGAGUUAGAGAUAGAGAAUGAGGAUAAAAGUGUGGAAGAGAAGCGAGAAACAAAUAAAACUAUGGAAGAGCUUCUUUUUACUGUUGGAAAGGGAGAAGAUGUGAAGAAUGCUGUGGAAGAAUUGUUAGAAGUUGAAAGAAAAGCUAUGGUAGUUGAACAAAAAAUUGUAGAUAUCGAAAAACAAGAAGCUGUUUCUGUUAAAUUUGAAGAUAGUAAAUUUAAGUUGGAAGAAAUUGAAAAUAAAACAACUUUGAAUGAAGAAAAGGUUGGAGAUUUAGAAAAACCAAUUGAAGUUCCUGUUAAAACUGAAGAAGUUAGCAGUAAAACAACUAUAGAAGAAAAAGUAGUAGACUCUGAAAAAGGAGUAGAAGUUCCUGUUGAAAUUAAAUCUAUAAUGAAAGAAGUUGAAAGUAAAAUAACUCUGCCUGAAGAAAAAAUUGCAGAAUUUGAGAAGCCAAUAGAAGUUCCUAUUAAAGUUAGUGAUGCUAAACUUCAAACAGAAGAAAUUAAAAUUGAAGAUAAAGUAGAUUCUGAAAAACAAGAAAGAAUUGAAAUUGAAGAUUCUAAAUCUAAAAUGAAAGGCAUUGAAGAUACAAAUCUACUUGAAGAAAAACUAAUAGAUACUGAAAAACGAGAAGAUGUUUCUGUUAAGCUUGAAGAUAUUAAAUCUAAAUCGGAAGAAAUUGAAAAUAAGCCAACUCAGGAGGAAGAAAAAAUUAAAGAAGUUCCUAUUAAUAUUAAAGAUUCUAAAUCCAUAAUUGAAAAAAUAAAUAAUGAAACAAUUAUAAUUGAAGAAAAAGAUCUUGAAGAAAAAAUAGAAAUUCCUGUUGAAAUUAAAUCCAUAACGAAAGAAGUUGAAGAUAAAACAGUUCUGUUUGAAGAAAAGGUUGUAGAAUCUGAAAAAUCAUUCAAAGAAGUUCCUGUUAAAAUUGAUUAUUCUAAACCCCAAGAAGAAAUUAAAGUUGGAGAAAAGGUAAUGGAAAAACAAGAAACAAUUGUAGAUGAAGAUUCUAAAUCUAAAAUGGAAAGCGUUGAAGAUAGAACAAUUCUUGAAGAAAAGAUCAUAGAAUCUGAAAAAUCAAUAGAAGUUCCUGUUAAGAUUAAAGAUUCUAAGAAGAUAGAAAAAGAAGUUCCUGUCGAAAUUAAAGAUUCUAAGUCAAAAACAAAAGAUAUAAACCCAUAUUAUUUCACAGAUUUAGUAAAACCUUAUUGGUUCAAUUAUCGUCCUUAUAUUAAGGCAGAAAUUGAUUUCUAUAGGCAUUUCAAGAUAGUAAAAAUAUUAGAAGAAAAUGUACCUGCUUCUGUGUUACCAAGAUCAGAUAGUAUUGAAAGAAUUGUUCAGGAAUCAAUCAUGAAAAAACCUAAAGAAGGAGAAAAGAAAAUAGAAAGUGCAGAACAAUCUGAGACUGAAUACGCAAAACAUGCAUCUCAGGAAAUAAUUAAGGAAAAAUCUAAAGAAAUAGAAAAGAAAACGGAAGAUACAAAGGAAUCUGAAACAGAAUACAGAAAGCACAUACUUCAGGAAUCAAUUGAAGAAAAAUCUAAAGAAAUAGAAAAGAAAACGGAAGAUACAGAGGAAUCUGAAGCAGAAUAUCGGAAGUAUGCACUUAUUGGAGAAACCCUUAAAUAUCCUAUUAGUACGUUUUAUAAAUUAGAAUCUGAAUGGGUGAAAUCUAAGCUGAUUCAAGAAAAAGAGGUCACACUUAUUCCUGUAGAAGAAUCUGAAUCAACAAAUGCUGAAAUUAACAAGGAAAUUAUUCAAAUUUAUGAAGAAGAAAAAUUACCAAUAGAAUUAAAAGAAUUAGAAGAGGUCAUAUCCACUUCUGUAGAAGAAUCUAAACUGACAGAUGUUGAAGUAAAAUCACCAAUAAAAUUAGAAGAAUUAGAACUCAAAAAUGAAGAGGUCAUACUCUCUCCUGAAGAGGAGUCUAAAUCAAUAGAUAUUGAAAUUAAAAAGGAAAUUAUCGAAAUUUAUGAAGAAGAAAAGCCAGCAAUAAAAUUAGAAGAAGAUAAAAAGAUUAAUAUUGAGAAAGAUACCAUGAAAGUUAUCGAAGAAGUUACUACAGAAAUUAAAUCUACAGAUAGAAUUUUGGAUCAAACAGCAGCUCUUAUUGAAGACGUAACUAAAGAACUUGAUAUGAUAAAAAAGGAAGAAGAGCAAAAUAAAAUUGUAACAAUUGUAGAAGAAAGAAAGAAAGAAUUUGAAACUGAGAAAAAAGAGCAAGUAUCCGAGAAAAAAUCAAAAACGGAAAAAUCAAAGAAAGAAAAGCAAUCAAAAGGUGAGAAAUCGAAGAAUAAGAAAAAGGAGAUUUCAUCAAUUAAAGAACAUGAAAUUGAGAAAAAAGAUACUGUUGAAACAGAAAUGACACAAAUUAUAGAACAAUUUACAGAGGUUAAAAAAGAGGAAAUUAAAGAGGCUCCACUAUCGAUCAAAGAACUUGAGGAGAAAGAUACUACUGAAAUAGCAGAAUUAUCACAGAUUAUGGAACAAUUUACUGCAGAAAUUAAGAAAAAAGAAAUUGAGGAGAUUUCAUUAUUACCCAAAGAAUCUGAAAUAAUUGAGAAAAAAGAUAUUGAUAUUGAAAAAGAUAUCGAAACUUCAGAAUUAACAAGAACGAUGGAAGAACUUAUUACUGCGAUAAAAGAAAUUUCAACAGAUGAAAUUAUUGAUCAAAAAGAAGAGAAAAAGAUGGAAAAAAAUAUUACAACGGAAGAACUAUUAACCACAUCACAAUCAAAAACGGAAGAAGAAGGAAAACCUGUGAUAAUAUCUCCAAAAAUAGAAAAAGUAGGAAAAGAAACAAAAUCAGAAAAAAGCAAAAAGAAACAGAGGAAACAAAACGAAAAGAAAGAAGAAAUUCCAGUUCUAGAGAAUCCAAUUGUAACUGAACAAGAAAAUAUAGAAAAGGAAGUUGUUGAGAAAUCUAUUUCUGAAAAGAAGAAGACUUCUAAAGAAUCUAAGAAAAAAGAAGAAGUUAAAGAACCAUCGAAAGAAGAAAAAAUUAUCACAGAAGAACUGAAAUCGUGUUCCUUAGAAAAAGACAUUGAUAUUGUAACUGAAAUAACAGAAACCGAAAAAUUAGUUAAUGGUAAAACAAUAGAGAUAAUAGAUUUAGAUGCAAUUCAAUCUUCAACAAAAGAAGAAAAAACUAAACCUAUAGAGAAAUCUAAAAAAGAAGAAACCAAAACAAAAUCUGGAAAACAGAAACAAUUCAAGGAGAAAACUGAUAUUAAAGCUACUCCUGAUAAAGAACCAAAGAAACAAGAUAAACAGGAAAAUAGUUCUCCAGAUUCAAAGAAGAGACGUGAAGGAAAAUCUAAAAAAACAAAUGAUAUCCCAACAUCAAUGUCUCAAGAAAUUGUGAGUGAAAUUUCUCCAGAAGAGUUUAAAAAGGAAGAGAGUCAAAUAGAAAUAAAAGAAAUAUUACAAGAAGAAAUUCAGCCAUCGGUGUGUACCAAAUCAUGGGCAUCAAUUGUUAGCAUGAAAGGAAAUACAGAAACAACUAAUAAUUCUACAGAUAUUUCGAAAGUAACAUCUGAAGAAUCAAUACCUGAAACUCCAAAAUUAGAAAAAAUAGAAAAAAUGGAAGAAAUUAUACCUGAAGAAUCGCAGAGUCCACCAGCACAUCAAAAAUGGGUGAAACACCAAAAGAAAAAAGAUGCAAAACAAGAGAAGAAUGUUACUGAGAUAAAAGCCUCUUCUAUCAAUAUUGAAAAUGAAGGAGAAAAAGAGAUAAUUAUUGAAGAAUCACAAGAAUUGAUCACAAAAGACUCGAACAAAUCUUAUGCUCAAGUGGCUGCUUCCAACAAAAGGACUUCUCCACAAUUUAAUCAAGAAGAUAUAAUAAUUGCUAAACCGACUCCUAUUAAUCAAAGCAUUGAGAAAAAAGAAAUUGCACAGGAAGAAGCACUAAUAAUCACAGAAAUUGAAAAUGUCAAAGAAAUGAUUAAAUCUGAGGAAGAGGUAAUAAUGGAUAAAAAGUUUGAUGAACUAGUUAUUGAAAAAGAUGUCUUUAAAAUGGAAUCAACUUCAUGGGUAGAAGAAAUCGAGAAAGAAGCAUUAGAAGAAGAAAUUGAUUUUAAAUCUUCUAUUCAGGAUAUUGAAUCUCCGCAGAAAACGAAAGAUUCGUGGGCUGCUAUAGUUGGAAAAUAUGUUGAACCACCAAAAAUUUCAUCACCUACAGUGAAAAAAGAGCAAAUUAUCGAGCAAAAUUUAUAUCCUCAAGUACAAAUCCAUGUGGAACAAGCUCCAGAACCAAUACCCAUUGAAGAAGUAGUUCAAGUAGACGAACAAGGUUUCAUAGAAUUUUUAAAUCGAAAAGAAUUGCGAUCUAGACGAUCCAGAUCACGAUCCAGAAGUGCCAGACGAGAUGAUGCAAAGCAAUCGAGUGAUAAACCUAUAAUUCCUGAAGAAAUUUUAGCAGUAGAACAGAAAGAGGAAAAUGCAGAGAAAAUGGAAGAGCAAAAGAAAAAGGAGGCAAACAAAGGAAAAGAAGAAAAAUCUAAGAAAGACAAACGUAAGGCAAAGACAAAUAGUGCGGAUCGUAAUCAAAGUAUAACGAAAGAGGAACAAGAAAAAGAGAAAAGUAAGACAAAGACGAAUGAAAUCGAGGAAAAGAAAAUAGAGGAAGAAACGAUAGAAGAUUCAAUUGAGCAAGAUAAAACCAACCAAUCAAAAAAGAAAGGUAAAGGUAAAUCGAAAAUAAAAGAAGCUGAAAAAGAAAAAAGUAAGGAAGAAAUUGCUGUUGAAAAAAUUGAGAAAAAGGCUGAAGAAAAGAUAGAAAUAAAGAAAGAAAAGGAAGAAUUGCAGAUUAUUGAGUUUGAAAUUCCAGAAGCAGAUAUGGAAGUAAAUACACAAAAUAAGAUUGCAGAAAAAUCGAAAGUAGAAACAAAAGAACAAUCCGGUGGUAAGAAAAAUAAAAAAUCGAAAAAAGGAAAAUCUGAUAAGGAACAACCAAAACACGAAUUUAAAGAUAAGGAACAAGAUAAGCAAAUAGAUAAUGCUCAGACAACAGAACUAAAGUUAGAACUAAAAUUAAAAGAAGAAAUUACGAAAGAAUCAGAAAUUAAAAAUCAAGAAGAAACAAAAGAAAAUAUAAUAUCUGAAAUUGAAUCUAAAGAAAUUCAAGAAAAAUCAAACGAAAGUACGAUAUUUGAAACUGAAAAUGAACUUCUUCAAGAAACAAAAUCUGACAAACCAAUGCAAUCAGAAAAACGUAAAAAGAAAUCCAAAGAAAGAAAAGCAGAAAUAGCACCAAAACAAAUCACUGAAACAGUUAUUGAAGAAAAUAAAGUAUUAGAAUCUGAAAUGCAAAAAGAAAUAUUAAAAGAACAAUCAGAAGCAAAAGAUAUUCAAGAUAUAAAAGCAACUACUGAGUUUAUUCAAGAAAUAAUAUAUGAAAAACCAGCUUCUUCUGGAAAACGUAAAGGAAAAUCAAAGGAAAAGAAAAAAGCAAUUAUUACAGAAACAGCAAUUAAAGAAAAGGAAGUAUCUAAACCUGAAAUCAAAGAAAUAUUAAAAAAGGAAUCAGACAUUGAGGAAAUUAAAGAAAUUAAAGAAAUUGAGGAAGAACUAAAAACAAUUAUGAAAUCUAAAGAUGAAUAUAAGUAUGAGAUUGUUCAAGAAACAAAAUCUGAAAGAUCAGAACUUUCAGAAAAAAGUAAGGAAAAAUCUAAGGAAGAGGAAGUCACUAAAAUUAAAGAAAUUAAAGAAAUUAAAGAAAUUGCAGCAGAAAUUGCACUAGAACAAAUUACUGAAACAUCAAUUGAAAAGAAUAAAAUAGUUAAACCAGAGAUCAAAGAAAAAAUAUCAGAAAAAGAAUUAGAAAUUGAAGAAGACAAGGAAGUUCAAAAAGAAAUACAAACAUCUAUAAAAUAUGAAAUUGAAAGUAAGCCUGAAAUUGUUCAGGAAACAAAAUCUCCAAAAAAGCGUAAAGGAAAAUCUAAGGAAACGAAAGUAGAAACUGUAUCAGAACAAAUCAAUAAGAUAUCAAUUGACGAAAAUAAAUUAUUUGAAUUUGAUGCUAAAGAUAAAAUAUCGAAUCAAAUAAUAAAAGAAGAAGAAGUAAUUAAGCAGGAAAGAGAUGAUACUAAUCACAUUAAACAGGAUGUUACUGUAGAGAAUGAAAUAGAAACAAUUACGAUAAUAUCUGAAAAGCUGAAAGAAAAGGAAAACUCUGUAAAAGAAUCAAUAGAAUUACCACAAACAAUCGCUAAAGAAAUUUCAGAUAGUAAAACAGAAACAAUAGAAGAGAAAGAGGAAACAAAAAUUGAACAAGCAAUAGAAACAGAAGACAAAUCUAAAGUUUCGAAAAAAGAAAAACGGAAACAAAAGAAAAAAGAAAAAUCAGCUACAAGAGCAACUAGCCAAGAAAAAUUGAAAAACGAAAAAUCAGAAGCGAUUUCGCAAGAGCAAAAAGAAGAAAUAAAUAUGAUAUCCAAAACGUUAGAUGAAUUAAAAGCAGAAGAAAUAUCUACAGAAAUUAUUUUAACUAAUGAAACCAAGGAGAAAAAAGACACUAAUGAAAUAUCUAAAGAAAUUGAAAAAUUAAUUCUUUCUGAAGUGAUUUCUGAUGAGAUAAAACUUGUACCAGAAACUAUGCCUAUUCCAAUACCUAAAGAAGAAAUAAAAGUAAUUAAAGAGAAAAUAGAAUUAUCAAAGUCAAUUGAAGAACAAGAAAUAAUUUCUGAUGAAAUAAGGCUUGUUCCCGAAACUUUGCCUAUAUCAAUAUCCAAGGAGGAAAUAAAACCAAUUAAAGAGAUAGCAGAAUUGCCAAAACCAACUAAAGAAAAAGAAAUAUUUUCUGAGGAAAUCAAACCAGAAAUUAUCUCUAUACCAAUAUCUGAAGAAAUACAUUCUAUUAAAGAGAAAACAGAGUUGCCAAAAGUAAAAGAAAAUGAAAUUUCUGAUGAAAUGAAACUUGUUCCAGAAUCUUUAUCUAUAUCAAUAUCCAAAGAGGAAAUACAACCUAUUAAGGAAAUAAUAGAGCUGUCGAAACCAAUUGAAGAAAAAGAAGAAAUUAUAAAUAAAAUAAAAGACAUUGAAGAAAAAGGAGAAAUAAUUAAACCAGUGAUAGAUGAAGACAAAAAACAGGAAGAGUCGUCAUCUAAAAAAUCUAAACGCAAGAAUAAACAAGCAAAAAAAAGUAAGCACGAAGAAGCAGAAACGGAAAUAAAAUCUGCGGAUGAAGAUCUACUAUCAUCAAAGAUUGAAAAAAAUAUUGAAAUAUUAAACACAGGUUCUUCUACUCCAACUCCAGAUACUCCAAAGGAAAUCCCUCAAAUUGAAGAAAAGACAUUGAACGUAACGAUAUCUGAACAGAAAAUAGAAGUUAAUGAUAUAUUAACAAUUGAUGACAUUAAAAAAGAUGAAAAAGAAAUUAAGAACACAACAGAGCAGGAAAUUGUUUUUGAAGAAGAAAAGAUACUUUCGAAAACUCAAGAAGAAAUUGAAUUUAAUUUACAGAAAAUUGAAGAAACACCAUCGACUUCUCCUAUAAAAAAGAAAGUUACGAAAGAAGAAAAAUCUAAAUCAGCAAAAGACAAAGGAUAUGAAGAUAAAUCUAAAAAUGAUGAUAAAGAAAUUCAUGACAUAAAAUCAUUAACUACCGAAGAAAUAACAGUAGACAAGACUUCUGAAGUUAUAGAAGAUACAGUCAUUCCACUUGAAAUGGAAAAACCAACAGAAAUCAUUGAAUCAACUGAAGUAACGAUAAAUGGUAUAUUGAAAAAAGAAACUGAUGAGAUUGAAAAAGAGACAAUUAAAAUAGAAACAAUCGAAGAGAUAUAUCCAGAAAUUGUGAAAGAAAAUAUAAUUCAAGAAAUCGAUAAAGUCCCAGAACAAUUUAUACCGAUUGAAAAGCUAUUAGAUGAGAUCGAAUCACCCAUAAUAAUAGACUCGAUCGAAUCCCAAUUAGAAACCGAGGAAGAAUUCGAGAAAUGUAUAUCGAGCGAACCAGAAAUAGAGACGGUCGAUAUCGUAAUCGAACCAGCAAAACCAAAAGUACAAUUUUACAUAGCCGAUGAAAUUCUAGUUCUAAGUCCCGAGAAAAAGAAACCUGUCCAGACUCCUUUAAUCUUAAAGACCUUGUCAGAACUCAGUAGGUCCAAGUUCCUCUCCCUUGAUAGCGGUUUCUGGCCGGACAAACAUCCUUAUCACGAAGCUGAACGCUAUCUAUUCGAAAACUUGGCUAAUUAUCCAAAAGAAAAUAUUUCGAACGAUACUAAACGCGAUUCUAACGAUCCGGACGAUUUUAAUGGGGAUCAGAAUGAUGGUAAUUUGAAUAAUCGCGGUGGAAAUGGUGGUCCCAUGAAUUCUUUUUUCUUGGGUGGACCUCAUACCGAGCGUUUGAUAGCCGAUCUUCCAGGUGGUAUAGGUAGCUGGAGCGAUUACAGUACUUACUUGUCGAGCGAGAACGAGCAAAGAACGGAUCAGACCACGGAGUUGGUCCAGGAAAAGAUCGAGAAUCCAACGUUAGAUCUAACCCUUCCCUCAGACGAAGUAGUUUCUGAAUUAUCCUCCGUCCACCUCGAGGAUGACCAGUCUAUUUCCAAAUUCGACGAAUUGUCGCUCGAAUCUGUUCCUACGACAUCAGAAAAUUCUGAGGAGAUCAAAUUACAAUCAUUGUCCACUGUCGAAGUGUCUCCUGUCGGUGAACAACCCUCUAAGUUAGAUCACGAGUUUUUUACUGCGGUUGAACGACUAGAAUCCACCUGUUCCGAUCCAUCGUGCGAAUUAUUCCCAAUACCAAAUAUCCCUGACCAUGGUCCAGAUCCCAAGGAAAAUUUAGGUAUUGAAAGAGGAUCGAUGCAGCGGCACACUCCAAUCAUGGAGACGGAGAGAGAGAUGGGGGUAGCUGAGGAUGAGGCUGAAAAGAGGAUACGAGGGAUCAAGGACAUCAUACAGGAACGCCUAAUGGUUUUACAAUUGAGUCUUUCGAACUUAAAAGGAACUUACUUACCACGAGAUAACAUAGACACUAUGCUCUCUGCACUCACGAAUUUAAUAACGGAGCUUCAAAGUUAUGAUCAAGAGACGCAUCACUUGGAAGAGGAAUUGCAUAAAAUACCAGCCGAUUUAGAGGCUCAAAAGCUUCUGUCCAAUCUAGAAGAAAUUCAGACUAAAAUUACAACCCUGUUGACACAAGCGGAACAAGGGCGCGCCACCCUUGAGGGUGCACGUGGACAACAAGAGCAACGCGGCCACGACAUUCACGCGUACAAAAAAUUCUUGGAUGAAACAGAUAGUUGGUUAAAAGAUAUCGUGGCUAGUAUGAAACAGGAACCACCGAUCGCUACGAACAAGGCUUUACAGGAUGAGUUGAGCAGUCACGCGCAGCGGGUGUCGGAGCUUGAAUCUUUGCCAGAGAUCAGCACAUUGGCAAAAGUCCUGAAGAAUGCGUUGUUGGAGGUGAUGUCGCGUCUGCAGCAAAGGCAGCAGGAGGUUCGCGACGAAGAAGCGCGAGCCGAUGAAACGUCAGACCGAGACGAUGCUACCCUCGAUCAAGCACCCUCGAUUCAUUCUUCCCUCGAAAGUAGUAUGCCAUCUUUAGCUGACGUUUCCUUGCAGACAGGACAGAGUUUGUUAGCCAACGAGAUCGUCGAGAAACCGCAACAACUCACCAAACAAACGUCCACCAAUCAAAUUCCAAUCGCGACAGAAUGUCACUCGUUGACUACCCAAACCGUGGACACAGUACACCCUGCCAUGGAGAGCAUCCAAACCCAGGAAACGAUAAAGAUUCUAAAAACCACGGAAGGUGAUCACGACGUUAUCGAGAUAGCCACGAAGAACGUGCCAACUUCCGCUCAGGAAAUCGUUCAAGAUCGUCCCGAGCAAAUAACCGAAGACAUCGUUGUUGACAUGAAAUAUCAAGAUCCCACGAACACUGACAACACCACCAGUGAAUUAAACAUCGUCCACGCUGCCCCACAAUCGUUCGAGACCGUUUUGGUCGAACCUGACGACGUGAUUACCGAAGUGGUGGUAGAUGAAGAUGGUUCUAAGAGGAUAAUAGUAAGGAAAUUGAGGCGAACCACGAUGACUAAUAGACAAACAACUCAACAACAUCUGUCUUCGACAUCCACCGCCAUUGGUGACGCUCCAUCCGUGGUGCAGGCUUUCUCAGAGGCUACCAUGAAAGAUCAGCAGGUCACUAUAACUACCACGAAGCCGGAUGGUACAAUAGAAACUGUUACGAAACAGAUCCAUGGAGGAAGAGUGGCCACCGGUACACCUUUCAAAGACGUGAACGUGGAUGAAUACGAGUCAUCUCCGCAAUACAUGCACACGGUGACUCAAGGCCACAUUCGAGACAUCAGUCCUCAACCAUUCGAAGAGGGAAUUUUAAUGGAAGGUGGAGAAUAUCGGGCAAAGACGUCUAGCGUGCACGCUGUGGUGCAACAAGUAACUAGAAGAGUGGUUAGAAAGACUAAAAGAAUUAUCAGAAAGGUUACUAUCAUCGAUGGUAAGGAAACUGCCACUGAGGAGAUAAUAGAGGAGCCCGAGGAAGUGGAGAUCGAUGAAAAGAAUAUUCCACACAUAAGUAUCAAUGUGAUUAAACAAGAGGAACAGAGAAAUCUUAAUAAAGAUGAAGAGAAGAUUGAAGAGAAGGCUCCAGAUCGCGUCGUGGUUGAGGAUGUUACUGAGAAAGAAGAUAAAGAGGACAGAGAUUCGAAAAUGGAAAAAGUCGUUACCGAUGAUAUACCUAUGCAAGGACCAUUCUUUGGUGCAUUUGCUAAAGAUAUGCACCCAAGCACGACCUACUUAGUAACAGAGAGAGAGGAGCCAUUGCCUGACAAGAAAGACACUCUUACAAAAGAAAAGAAGGAGAAAAAAAUUGAUAUAAAUGUUCGAUCAGAGAAGGCUCUGGAAAAUCCACUGGAAUUUUCAGACAUUCAAGAAUCCUUACAAGGUCUUGAAGAAUCUUUAUUACAGAGUGAAAAAAGCGACAAAUCAUUAAAAGCAAUCGAAAAGAAAAUUGAACCAACUGAUAAAUACGAGCACGAGCACUUUUUGGUCGAGGUAAAUGGCAAAAAGUUCCUUCAAUCGACCAGCCAGGCGUUUAUCGAUGCUGAAGUGUCGGCUACUUUGCAGAGCCCGAGUCAAGAGAUCAAGAUACGAGAGUCACAAAUACAGGAAGAGUUAACCAAAUCUUCGAUCGAAUCUAUCGUGUCAGAGGACUCGACGAGCGUGACUAAAGGGACUUGUAAGUUUAUCGAUGCACCAGUAAGCAGAGAAACACCCCGUAUCGAGGUAGAAGAUCGCACGGUAGAUGUAGAAAAGCACCAUGACAUUAGAGGCACCGUAGAUGUACCUGUCCUAGAAGAAAAGUCUUCGAUAGAAAAGUGGAUGAAAGAGAAAUCAGAAUCGUUGACAAAAUUAGCUUCGACGGAGGUACAAAAGAGAGUUCACGUUUCAGAAGAACGACCAAUUCAGUUCGAAGAGAUAUUUCCUUCGACUUCAACACCAGCCGAGAGGAAAAGGCACGUGGAACUGGAGGCAUUACCGAUUGACGUGAAGCAGCAGAUAGUGAAGAAUUCUUUCGUUCCAGAGAUCGAUUAUUCGAUCGAUGAUUACAUGGACGAGGCACUGAAACCGGAAUACAAACCCAUCUUUCAUAAAGUAGAAAUAUCUCUGGCUGUAAAGAGGGAAGGUGAAGAGAUGCAACCUAUUGUGUCUGUGAAAAGUCAAUCUGAACCGGAAGCGGCUCCUUAUCGCUUAGUGAAGGAAGAUGUCGACAUCAGACUUCCGGCAGACAAAGAGAGCAUCUCGGUGAUUCACGACAAAAUCGUUCAAACAUCUCCACCAAUGAUUGAAGCUAAAGUUAUCGGUUUAGAUAAGUCUGUCGGUGGUUCAGAGAAAGAAAUUGUCACAUCGGACAAGUCUGUCGUCACGUCUGAGAAAGAGGAGACUGACAAAUCGAUCGUCACUUCGGAAAAAGAAAUCGUCACGUCUGAAAAAGAGGAGACUGACAAAUCGAUCAUCACCUCGGAAAAAGAAGAAAUCUCUGAUCAUGUCGUCACGUCGGAGAAAGAGGACGAAUGUCUGACAGAGCCUACGGUAGAACCAGAAGCAGAGGCAAUUAUACAAUUGGACAAGAAGAUCGAAAAACGGAUUGAAUCACCUAUGCUGUCCACGGAAACGAAAUCGAGCGUUUCUCUAGCGUCCAACAUUGGAGACUCGAUGGAAAUCGAUGUGCCGUUGUCCGAUUCGUCGAGGCACGCGAGCGAAGCACCACAACCUGACAUCGCGAAAAUGUUUGAAUCUAGGGAAGUAGAGUUGUAUUUGAAAGAGGAAACAUCGGAAGGGGAAGAUGGCUACGAGGCGGAUAGAACGAUCGUGACGACUACACCGGAUGACGAAACUGUGACGAAAACGAAGAGGAGGAAGAAGAAGAAGCAGAGGGUACGAAGUUGUAAGGACGAAGAGCAAACCGAAUUCCCUAAGACAACCACCGAUGAUGGAGAAUUCACGGACGAUGAGACGCUGGCAGAGAGCGAGGAUGCAAAAGCUACGAAGAAGAAAAAGAAGAAAAAGAAACGGGAAGAGAUUGACUUCGGUAAAGAAAAAAUCGUUCCAACCAUGAUCGUGGCAGAUACUCAAACUCUUCCUCGAGAAUUCAGUGUCUCCAUUGCUACGUCCCCGAAACAGGAAGAGGUUUCAGAAAUUUAUAUUCAAACGUCGCCCCAUUUAUUGGAAGAUGUUAAACUGAAAAUCGAAGAGAUUCACGAAGAGGUGCAAACUUCUCCUCCAAUUUCGCUAGAAGAAUCGGAAAAACCUGAAACACCCAAAGUGAAGGAAGUUCACGCGGAAAUGCAAACUUCUCCAUUGCCUGCUUCGGAUUUCGGCAUGCAAACUGUACCGGAAGAGAAAGAAUCAGAACCUGAGAAACCGAUUAUACAACACUCGGAAAUGCAAACAUCGCCAUUACCAGCUUUAGAUUUUAGUGGUCAGACUGUGGAGGAAGAGGCGCCCAAAAUAGAAGAAAUAAGUACUCAGACCAUGGAAUCACCUGUCAAAAAAAUGGAAGAAUAUGCUGUUCAAACGAGUCCAGUCGAAGAUAUCAAGCCAGAAGUUGUUCCGAUCGAAACCGAGGAAAUUCAAGUUCAAACUGUGGCUACAGAAGUAGCUUCCAUCGAAGCACAAACAUCGCCCACCGCGCCAUCCAUGGAAAUUGAAACGCAGACCGUGGAAAAAGUCGUGGUUGCCGUUGAACAACAAACCACUCCACCUCCAAUAGAAGAAAAGAUUCUAACUGGAAUAGCUGUUCAAACGGUAACUCCUGAAGUACCCAAGACCACAGAAACGGAAGCACAAACUAGCAAACCGACCACUCCGGAAAUAACUACGUUGGACUUCAAUGUGCAGGCAGAUCUAAUAGAACAGCCCGUUGUCGACGUAGUGGAAACUCAAACGACACCAGAGGAGAGUCCACGACAAGCGGAAACUCACGAAACUGAGUCACAAACGAUUCAACCGGAGCCAACUCAAGAAAUCAUGAUUCAAACUUGUCCAGUUACUUUUGCUCCGGAGAAAGUGGAGGUUUGCGAGUUAUCUUCUCAGACUAGCAUGGAAGAGGUGAAGGAAUCGAUAGAUGAACAAUCUCAGACCAUGACCCCGGAGAAGAUAGAAACGUUGGAUAGUUCGGUACAAAUAAAGACAAGCGAAUUAAUAGAACAGAUAGAAGAAAGUGUGCAGAUCAUUCCUGAAACACGGGAGGAAAGUGAGCAAACGAGUAUCGAAGAGAAGAAACCGUUGUUGGUGACGUCUUCUCAACAAACAAACGGAGCACUGCAAGUUGCCGAAUCGGAAAAAGAAUUUGUAGUGGAGGAUGAGGAAGGUAACUUGGUGGAGGCCAUGAUAGAUGAGGUUGACGCGUCAACGGAGAUAAAGGCACCUCUGAUACUUACAGAAAUUCCAGUAGCACCUGAUGUACAAGUACAAGAAACUAAGGAGUACAUGGAUACGAAAAUUGAGAAAGUAACAGAACCGGUGUCUGUUAUUGAGGAGCCUUUAAAUAAAAUAGAAGAGCCAAGGGAUGAGAGCUCACAGGGUAUCUCUGAUAUAACGGAGCCUAAGUCGGAAAGCGAAGAGACGAUGGUGCCUUCGUUGGAGGAGACGGAAACAGCGGACGCUGAAUUUGAGAUUCGUUUGCAGGCAACCAUAGAAUUGUGCCCCGACGAGACUACAGACACUACUAGUAAAUUAACCGAUACUUCGCGAGACACGACUAUUACCGAAGAUCUAAGUAUCACAGGAAAAGUAGAGGACAGUAGCGUGGUGAAAAGACAGAAACGUAAGAGGAGACACAAAACUAUUGAAAUUUCGGCGACGAGUGAAAAGGAUCUGGAAUCCAUAUUCGGACAGCCUGUAGAAUCGAAAGAUGUUUCUCUGAAAUUGUCUUAUUCCGACGUUGCUAAGAAAAAUGUGAGUAAGGAGAAGUCGCCUCCUAGAGAAGAUGUUGAAAAAGAUGUUGAAAAGGACGAGUCUAUACGGAAGGAAUCUCCAGAAUUUAUAGAAGAAAGUGUGAAAGAAGCUGAAGAAAAAAUAGAGACAGCUGCCAUACCGCUGUCGAUAGCAACGGAGCCAAUAGUCGUUAAAGAGAUUCAGGAUGUAUGGACUUUGGGUAAAGAAAAGAUAGUCUCGCCUAUGGAAUCAGAAGUACAACAGAUGCCAGGAAUAAGUACUCACACGCCUUCCCCUGAACCAAUGGACACGACGGAGGAACCAUUUUCUCCUGUGGAAUCAAUUCCUCAAGAGGACGAUCGACCCAGGAUUAAAACUUAUGCGGAUAUUAUCAGCGAAUCUUCUAAGAAACCAGAAAAAGAUCAACCUUCAACGUGGGAAUUAUCUCAGCACGUUGUCCCGCAAAAAGGAGCGAGUUCAAAAGCUUUCUUGAUAGCUGAGAGUGCAGAAUACGAGCCCCAACAUCAGAUCACGCAAAGCAGUCAAACGACCAAAGCGAUCUCUGAUCGAAUGCAAAGUUUUCUAAAUGCCAAACAAUCUAGUCAUCUUGGAAAUAUCCUUCAUAUCGCUCAUCUGGACAAAGUGGCGAAUGAAAAAUUGGCCGAAGAGCGCGCUGCUGACAUAAGGAAAGAACUGUCUCACUUGAGGAACGCUGCUCAAGAGAAAGAUGCGAUCACCGUGGAGGAAACUCUCGUUGUCAUCGUGGACACGAUUUCCACUUGGUUGGAGACGAUCGAGUACAGAAUCUUCUUGAGCAAAGAGUGUCCUACGGGUCCUUCUCACGAUGAUCAGACCUAUGUCGAACUGAGAGACGAAGUGGAGAACGUGGAGGAGAAUAUUCAAGAGCUGAAUAACGUUUGGAAAUUAGUGGAGAUGAAUUAUCCGAGAGAAGAUCGUAAUAAUUUGCAGGAAUGUCUCGAUGCUCUCAUGCAUCAAGUUAAAAUGAUCGAGGACGCGACCGACGAUGGGGAGAAAUAUCUUACGAACGAGCUUGCUAGAUGGGAUGAAUUCGUAAACGGAGUGUACAACAUGUACAGAUUAAUCGAGGAACAACGAAAACAUCUAAACAACGUAAUCGAGCUCGAGACAUCCACGAAAUGGAAGCUCGAAGAGCUCGAUAAAUUAGAGAAUAUGAAUCAAUGUCACAUGUGGAAAACCGCAUCGUUGCUCACCGUAUCUCACGAAUUGUUGCGAGAUUAUCCUGGAAAGCACAUCCCGGAAGAGACUUACGCGGCUCACGAGAUGACUAAGAUAAUCGAGCAUGGGAUAUGCAUCGAACGUGAACGACUUCUUCAGCUACUCGCCUUGGCCGAAGAAUACGAGCAAACUUUGCGAGAAUUCGCACAGAUCACCGAGAUCGCGGAGAACUUGUUAGAGAGUCCUAUCUCGGUGAUGAGUUUGGAACAUUUGCAGGAGGAGAUGCAGAAGCACAGAAAAUUCUUCGUGAAUUUGAAUCAUUGUCGAGGAAUCCUGGAAUCGUUGGAAGGCAAUCUUGAUCCGGAGACGAGAACCAAAUACUCGGAUCUUCACGAAGAGCUGCACAGUAGGGCUAUAUCGUUGUUGGAUCAGGCCGCGUCUAGAGCUCAGCAAAUGGCUCUUGCAGCAUCCAGAUGGAUUCUUUUAGAACAGGGAGUGAAGGAGGAGAGAGGAUGGCUACAAGUUGCUCAUCAACGAGUACCUGAUCUUCAAACAGUGACGUCGUCGGAUUACGAUCAAUAUAUCUCGUUGUAUCAGUCUCUGGCAACGGACGUUGCAACGCAUCACGCAAGACUUAUUCAGCUUUUGAACGUAGCGCGAAGUCUCGAAGAAUUAGUGAAUAUCGAGGAUCCCGAGGAUCGUUACGGAGAAGCUUUAGACGUGAUCGUAAAACUUCAAGAUAACGUGGAAUCGUCGUUAAGGAAAUUGCUGUCGUUCAAAGAGAGUUGGGCUAAUCAAGAAAUGUUGAUGAAUCGAUUGGAGAAUUGGAUGACAUCGGUGGAGAAGGAAUUGAAUAAUUUGCGUGAUCCUUCAGGGGGUCACAUACGUCAAUUCUGGGAACUGAAAGCGCAAUACGAGGUCCACAACAACAUUCGAGAGGAGGCCAACAACAGUUUCGAGCAAGCCCUGAGAAUAAUUCCCUUAUCGGAUGAAAUGUUGCAAAGACAGUUCCAUUGCGAGCUCCAAGAUCGCUGGAACGACGUGACUCAACAGAUCAACACCAUCCAAGAACAAGUGACUCGAAACAUCUCUUCCGAAGAGAUAUCGUCCAACGAGAAAUUAAAAUUACUCGAGAGAGAAUUGAACGAGUUACGAGUGACGAUCGAUGGAUUCCACGGUGUUUUGAAGACGGAGGAGGAGCUGGAUCUCUAUAUCGAACGCUUGACAGUCUUGUUUGACAGGAUCUGUUUGAUCCAAGACGAAUUAGGUCGCCUGGGUUUACUUCCUGUGGCGGAGAGCGAGAAGGUCGGUGUGUUGCUGUCCUCGGCUCGCCGAAUAGAGAGUCAAAUAAGCGAGGAAUUGGAUGCAGCGCAGUUGCUUAGGGAAAGGCUUCAGGCAAUUCAGCGUGGCCUCAGCCGUAUUAGAAAAAUCCAUCAACGGCAAUCAUCUAUAUUGGAUCAAUGCGAGGGAAGCGAACGACAGGGAAGUGACGUGGUCGCAGCUGCCGUGGAUCGAUGUCAAACGGUAGCUGACGAGCUUGCGGUCUUGUGGCAGGAUAUUAUGGGUCUCAGACAAUUAUUGCACACCCUGCCCACCGUGAUGAGAGUCUCGGUUUCUCCGGUCAGCGUGGAACGAGACAUUUCGAAUCUUCAAGAUGCUCAUACCGAUCUGGAGUCCAGAUGCUCGAGAUUGUUGGCGUUAUUGAAGAACAGGCUUGCCCUGUGGAGAAGAUUCGAGAAACAGCUGGAAAUGGUGCAGCAAUCGGUUCAAGAGGCUGAUUACAUGAUGGAGUUGUUAACCGUGCAAGGAUCUGUCGAUUACGACAGGCUGCUGAAAGCUACCGAAAGGCUAGAGGGUCUCAGCGGUGAUUUGGGUGCGCGAGAAGUUCUCAUUGGCGAAUUGCGAGAAGCUGCCGAACCUCUGCGGGAGGGUUGCGCUGCAGAGGUCCGCGAGAAGGUCGAAGCGGCGGUAAAUGAGGCCGUACAGGCCUGGGAGGAUACCAGGGCCGAAUUAGAUGCCCUUUGCACCAAGUAUCAGCACGCGUGCAGAUUGUGGCAACAGUACAAAGACUCGAGUGCUGCGGUUAAAGCCUGGGUGGACACGCAAAUGGACAGCGUCGCCAAUCUCCCACCUGAAGAGGCCGUCAAACACAUCAAGGUUUGCGAGGAGACGAUGGCGGAGCACAAGGAAAGGUUGGCGGAGCUUCAAGGCCUGGUGGCGCAAAUCGCGUCGGACGUCGGGUUGGACGCGAGUGGACCGUUGCACUGCGAAGUGGAGGCACUUGGACAACGUCUCGAGGAUAUCCGUGAAACGUUAUCGUGCCUCGCGGAUGCGGCGCACGCCCGCGCCCUCAACCAGGAGCUCGCACGUGGUGAUUUAUGUCAGACGAAAAAUUUCCUGGAUUCGGUCCAACAGAGCCUGACCGCGGUGGGUCAAGGUGAGUCGAAGGAGCAACUGGAACUCCUCCGCAACCAUCUUCUUGCGCUCACCUGCACGGAACCGCAGCUACAAUCGAUCAAGGAACGCAGCCUGGAGGUAACGACGCAAGAACCGUCGGUUGUCGAGGUGUUGAAACUGUGGCAGAAGGUCUUCAGAGAAACCUUCCAACAGUAUCACCGGUUGUCGGCUCUUCUAGUCAAAACGCAGGAUGGUGCCACUGCCUUGAAACUUUGGCAGGAAUACUUGUUCUACGUACAAGAUUUCCUGUCCAACGAUGUACCCGGCGACUACAACGGUUUGUCGGAACACAGGAACCUCUGCGAGGUUCACCAGAAUCUCUUGACCGAUCAACAGAAUCUCAUUCUCACGGUUCGAGCGGAAGAGGGGGGUAAUCUGUCGAAAACCGAGCAAUUCAACAUUCUGACGAACCAACACAACGAAACUCUGGCCAAGAUCAUGGAGAGGCACGCGGCUGUACGCGACAGAUUGACUGCGUGGGAUCGGUACAAAUUGGAUCAGGGUAAACUCUUGUACUGGCUGAAGGAGAUCGAAAGAGAACGAAGCCAGUUACGCUUCAGAUUCAUCCAAAUACAGAGGUUGGACGAAAUUCUCCAGAGGAUAGAGUCGUUGCUGGACAAGAUACCCGAAGGCGAAGCCCAAUUGGAAUCUCUGCAGAGGCAACAGGAGACACUGCUAGCCAAAUGCGACGAGGCGUUAGCCGUGACCAUUCACAGGGACCACGCAGCCAGCGUACAAAGAAUCAACAAUCUGAGCUCAAGUCUGGAGAUGUGGAGGGAUCACAUCCCGAGGAUACAGAAACGAUACAAGGAGUACGAGGAAAAGUCGAAGGACAUCAAUAGCACGUUCACGGAGAUCGGUCAAGCUUUCAGUACAGCGUUUCACUCGAGUCCUGCUAGUUUGACGAGAACGAAACAGCAAUUGGAAUCUGUACACCAGAUGCAGAACAGAUUGUCCUCGAUGAGCAUAGAUUUGGAAUCCUUGGGCGUGAUGAUACAACAAUUGAGAGAGGAUCUCAGCCCGACCGAUAUAAAAUCGUUGAACGAACAACGGGCGCUUUUCCGGCUGCAGCACGAGGAUCUGGAACAUCAAGCGGCGUUGCUGAUAUGCAGAUUGGAGGAGCGUUGUGGUCUGUACGAUCGGUGGAGGGACAGAUUAGGCAGGUUACUCGCGUGGAUAGGAGAAACUGAGAUCAGAAUUCAGGAUUGCGACUCGCCGAACGAGCCCGAGGAAACUCUUAAAAAAUUGGAAUGCGAGAUACAGUCGGAUAUCGCGUUGAAACAGCGAGAAUUAUUGUGGAUACAGAACACUGGGCAAGAUUUGGUCGAAGUAGCGGAGGAAGAGGAGAGCGAAAGGUUGCAACGAUCCCUGGACGAGUUGAACGAGAGGUGGGAUCGAUUGGUGGCUAUGGGAAAAGCGAGAGCUAGUAAGUUGAUGGACCUGAUGAGGACGAUGAGCACAUUGGAGAAGAGGAUAAACGAGUUGAGGAGCUGGCUGGCCAGCGUUGAAAGUCAAUUGUCGGAGACGUUCGUGGUCGAGGCGAUCGAGCAGAGUUGCAUCGACAAGAAGCUGGACGAUCACGAACAUCUUCAGAAGACGAUCGAGGCGGAAAGCGGAAAUAUCGGCGAGGUGUUGAAUCUCUGCGAGAUUCUGUUGAACGACUGUGAUGCGUGGAAAACGUCUUUCAACAACGCGAUCAAGAGCGGGAUGGAAGGUUUGGAGCGUAGGUGGACAACCACCUGCGUGAAAUCGGCGGAGAGAAAGGGGAAUAUCAUUCUCGCGUGGAAAAUUCUCCAGGAAUUGGAGAAGAUCAGGUUGGAGCAGGAAGGUUGGCUCGCGGAAACGGACAAGGCUCUCGUGGAAUUGGAGAACAACUUGGACGAAAUUUCGAAGGACGAGUCUAAGAAGGCUAUCGAGAAGGCUAGAAGCAUAUCCGAGGACGUAGAGGCGCACGAACCGGUGAUCAAGAUAAUCGAGCAAAACUUUGGGCGUUUAGCUAGAACGGGUUUAGAACCAGAUAACCUGAAGUCGCUUAUCAGCGAGACCAGGCGGCUUAUCGAUAAAUGGCAAACGUUCAAGCCUAGAGCGAAUGCCGUUCUAUUGGCUCUCCAGAAAGGGCAGAAGAAUUAUCGAGACUUUAUCACUGUGCAUGGCGCAGCGGUCGUUGGACUGACGCAAGUCGACGUUCGAUUGACCAGGACGCAACACCUGGCCACGCCGGAACAGAAAGCGUCGAUUCGUCGCAGGCUGCAGCAAUUGAACGAGAUCGAGGAAGAACUUCGCACUCAGAACAUCACGUUGCAGAAAGCGGAUGAAUUGGCGCUUAAGGUUAUGCAAGAAUGUCAUCCGGAUGACGUGGCGAAUAUCCAAGAAUUGGUGGACGAGUAUCAGCUGUUAUGGAAAGACAUCAAGAAGAGAGUGGCGUCGUUAAGAGCGGAAAUAGAGGGACAGGAGAGGUCUGAAGUCGACGAGGCUGUGCAAGUGGAAACGUUGAAAUUCGAACAGGACAGUGCGGUUCAAGUGGACACGUUGCCUAGGUUAUUACGAAUGACUUCCAGCGACGCAUACCUGAUGGAAUUGGAAGCUGCUCUGGUCGAGUGCAACGAUGCAUUGGAUACGUUGCAAUUAGCAAUCGCCCCGGAUCCUGUUGCUGGACCUGGAUUAAAUGCGACUGCUAAAAAUAUCAGUAAAUUAAUCGGAAGCUGUCAAUCGUCGAUCGAACUGGUUCGUCAUUUGCACAGUUUGCUCAUAGAAGAUGGAAAAUUGAGCGCGCAAGCCGCCAAGGCUAACGAGGUGGCUGCGUUAACGGAAAGAUACGAAAAUCUUCUUAUAUUGGCGAGAACGCGAGAACAACAGAUCAGAGAACUCAGGUCACCUAACUCCGACGUUUACACCUCUCCCUGCGAUCACGACAAUGGCAGAUUAACCUGUCCCCUAUGUUCGCGUCGCAACUGGGCCCAACUGGAGAACGAUCUUUGGAGGUUGGAAAAAUGGCUGGAAUUCGCUGAAGGCACCCAAAGCGCGCAACAUUCGCCACCUGGCAAUAUCGAACAAUUGGAGGAUGUGAUACAAGAUCACAGAGAAUUUGUGCUCGAUUUAGACUGUCACGAAAGUAUUCUUGCCAGUCUGAACACCGUUGGCGCGCAUUUAGCCGAUCACACGGAGGAAUUGCUUCGAGCAACGCAACUCAGAGACAGAUUAGCCGUUGCGAAUACGAGAUGGGUGAAGGUUUGCAAAGUGGCUGCACAUUGGCAGGAACAGUUACAGACUGCAUUAAUGUCGAACCAGCAAUUCCAUCGUAUCAUAGAGGAAUUGGUUACCUGGUUGGAGAAAACUGAAGCCAGUAUACGGGCCAGCGAACCGGUCGAUCUGACCGAGUCGCCGGAAAUUAUGACCGCAAAGUACAAUAAAUUCAGGGAAUUGAGAAGUGAUUUGGAGCGAUGCGAGCCUCGAGUUCUGUCGCUUCAAGAGUCAGCCAAUCAAUUAUUGGACGAGAAAGGCGAAACCAGAGCACGCCUACAGGAACUUCGUCUCAGAUUGCAGUCCCUUCGACGGUUAACCGGGAUAUACGCUUUAAAAUUAGGAGCAGCCCUAGGGAUGGAUCCUCGGGACGUUGGACUCGCAGCCACUACCUCUUCUCUCGCUUCCCUUUCACACGAUUUGCUCGACGAAGCUGCCUCUGGAACCGUUCAGCCCCACGACGCACCUGACACACAUGGUGACGAUGGCGAGCGUACGGUAUUGUCUCGGGGAUACCGUUUCCUGGGCCGCGUGUUGCGCGUUUCCCUGCCGAUCCAGGCGUUGAUGCUCCUAUUCCUCGGCGUCGCCUCUCUGGUUCCUUCCGCCGAAGAAGACUACAGCUGCAUGCUGUCGAACAACCUCGCCAGAAGCUUCACGCCAAUGGUCGUGUAUCCGAACGGGCCACCGCCGAUCUAACGAUAAAGAAGCUUAAUCUCGGGCGCGCCGACUUCGCCGGACCCAGACGAACUUACAAUCGCAACAUCCAGAGGAGUCGCGGGAAGCGGAAGCGCGAGAUCACGCACGAUCUGCGUACCUACUUAACUAGUCUGUCGUAUGGCGAUCCGUCGAUGGUAUCGAGCGAUCGAUGAAUGAGAAAAGAUCUGUUUUUUUUUUUUUUUUUUUUUUUUUUUUCUUACAAAUCUUUUCAUCGAUCAGAAUCCCUUCAUCGAGGCAGUCGAGAGCGACGUGAGUAGAAACAGAUAGUAAAACGUGUUCCAUUGUCUCGAUGGGGGGAUAUAUUGGUAAGAAAAUGGUCAAAGACACGUUCCUUCUACAGACGACGAUUUUACACGUGUGAUAACAAUUGUUUGUACUUGUGCGUAGAACACGCGUUACGGACCAAAAACGAUCGUCAUUGUUACGACCCACAGCAUCCGUUUACUUACUCGUUCUGUAAUAAUUAUUGUGAUCUUGGUGCAAUAUUUGCAUAAUAUUUUUCCCUUGUUCCCGAAUACCACGAAGAGUCGAAAAUACAAACGAUUAUACGACGAGAGAACAGAGAAAGAAGAAAGAAAGAUCCACGUACGAAUAACGUACGAUCCUUCGGGUUUGCACGGUUUGUACUCGAUGGAUCCGUUUCCGAUUUUCGAUCAUUUAGCCCGACAUUCCAUGUAACAUUACGGCGUUUGUAUUUAUACGAUACGUAUUGUAGAUAUCGUUUCGUUGACAAUUGAUUAAUUUUCCUUCCUCCCUCCAGUUUUUUUUUUCGUUUGUCUCUAAAAAAAAAAAAAAAAAAAGAAAAAAAAAAAAAAAAAAAANCGAACGAAUGAGCGAGUGUAUGCGAGAGCGCGUGCGGACGAGAGAGAAAUGGAUUAAUGUCACAUGGAAUGCGCGAGAAAAUAAUGUUGACGAUAUUAAAUUAUAUUUACGAUUAUUAACGAAUAUAACGAAUCGCUUGUAUUGUGUGCACACAGAAAAUAACCGCGGAACGAUCAAAGGAAGACGGCAUAAUUAAUGUGUACGUACCGUAGAAUCUUUCAGGGAGUAUCCGUGACUUUUACGUUAGUACGUAACGAAGAAAAUAAAUAUAUACAUACUUGUUCGACUUUAUUUUUUAUACGUUGCGUUUAUAACUCGAGGGAGAGUAGGGAAAGAGCGGUUCGAUUAUGAAAUCGAGAACGAAACGUCCACUGACCGAUUACUUCAACGUGAUCGCUUAACGCGAUAGUCAUUGGUGCUAGUUCGAAACGAUAGAGAGAAACAUAAUAAUUAAUAUUAUAAUACGAUUAUAAAAUAUUAUCAUCGAGAAAUGGUAAACGAAUUGUUUCUUAUUUCCAUUGUUUUUUCUACGAUUCCUUAAGAGAGAAACGAAGAAUGAAAAAAAAAAACGAAGAAACAAGGAUGGAGAGGAUAUAGAAAAAAGACGAAAAAACACACAGAUAUAGUAUCGCAUAAUAAUCGAAGUCGCAUAAUGAACGAAGUUACCGAUGACGCCUCUGACGAGGUGCUUUUUUUUCUUUUUUUUUUUAUUAUUUUUAUCCCUUUUUUUUUCUUUUUUUUUUUUUUUUUGAAAACGAGAACGACACACUUUUGGAUACGCACAAAAGGAUCACGAGUUUAUAUUCGAGGUACAAAAUAAGAGAAUGACUGUAUUUAACGGCCCGCUAGUUUCGCUUCCUAAUUUAUCGAUAUCUUGCUUGCUACGCGACCGAGCUUUGUUAUGUAUUUUUAUAAGGACAGAGCUUUUCGAAGGCGGUGUACAUCUAUCGAUGUAAUGUAAUUACAAUAAAUUGAAACCUAUGCAGAA